GUCAAUUAUAAUAAAUAGCUGCUGAGAGGUAAGGAAAAGUAUCAUUUUUAAUAUUAUCUUAAAUGUUAGCUUUCUUUCUGUAUGUGUGAUUCUCUGCCGUUCACUCGGUUGUGUUAUGUUGAUGUCAUUGCUACGACUAACUGACCCUUAUAUAACGCGAUGGAUCAAAACAAAAGCUGCUGGUUUAUCAUUUAAUUCCCGUAACAAACACAAUACGCAUACAACCUCGCUGUAUAAUUUCGACAAAAUGGGCACAAAUGCAGUAGAAAUGUUUUCUGUUUAGCUAUCAUCUGCUAAUGUUAGCCUAACAUGGUUAGCAUCUCUAUUCAUUGCUAGCAGAGCUACUGUUGCUAACGUUAGCUCCCUAUAUCGAUCACGACUCACCACAUUGGUCAGGUCCUGCACAGACUUAGGAUCCGUCUCAGCCAUGGUGUGUGUGUGAUUAUCAGGGCCUGAACAGAGAUGAAAUAGAACAGGUACUCCACCGAUUAUUUGGCUAUCAGGUAGGUUUGGAGCUGUUUGAAGUUGUUGGUAUCGUAUCGCACCACCCACAGUACCAGCAACUGAGAGAGAAUCUCGCGAGAGUUCAGAAUUGUGGAAAACGGGGCCGAUCUAUAUGGGCCAAUCCACAGACUAUAUACACAGUCUAUGGGCCAAUCCCGAAUCACCGAACUCCACCCUUUAAGAUCUGAAACUCAUAGGACCUCAGCAGCAUAUGUGCGAGUGUAUACGUGAGGAGGUCCCAGUACUUGACAUUGUGUAAAAAUGAAGAACAGGACAAUAAAAGCUCACUUGUGCAUUUUUAAAAAAAAACCUAACAGUGUUUUUAUCCUUCACUUUAACAAACAAACACAACUCUGCAAAAGUGCAUGAACAACCACAAAAAUGAUCAAAUACAUCUAAAUACAUCUAUGUUUCUAAUAUUUCUGUGUGAUUGAUGUUAAAAACAGAUUUUGGUGGUUUGAAAGUUAUGAUGCCUCCAACUUGAGAAUUAGUUUUAUGUUUUGUAUGUUGUAUGUUUUCAAAUACACAAUAUACACUCAUUUUAAACUUGAUGCAUGCCUGCAACACAUAAAAAGACUGGGUCAGGGACAACAUAAUUGCGAAAAAUAACAUCAAUUACCACUUCUAUAUUUUUACCACUAAAACUAAUACUUUCACACCGGAACCGUUUUUGUCGUGCGAUUAUUUCAUACGUCAAUAUUUUUUUCGAACCAGUAUCCUGCCAAUACAAGCGUUCACAUCAGCGACGUUUUCCCAUCCUGCGAUAUUGCUGCAUUUAUUUUUUCGGAUCACGGUCGAUUUUUCUAAAGUUUUGUAUACUGUGUGUCCACUUCUGACCAAUCAGAUUGCGUGUUGUUGCGACGUCUGAUUCACCGGUAUAUCCAACAUGGCCGACCGGCUGAUUGUUUAUGUGUCGGAGAACAGAGUGCUUUUUGAUAAUAAAAAAAACACAAAUAUUACAAAGAUAACGACCUGAAGGACAAUUUGUGGAGAGUCAUAGCGUCGGAUCUCCCAUAUGACGAUAGUUUGUGUGCUUUAACAGUUUGCUAAACGUCUUUGUUUUAACUUUCAUCUGUGCUAACAUAAGCUAACAGUUGUUACCAUAGUUUCAUGUACUUAUCUGGUACUGGCCCCGACUCAGUACAUGCUAUCAUGACAAAAAGCCAUCUCAACAUUGUGGCCCGCCCUCCUUCGCCUCUGUUUGGCUAUAAGUGCUGACCGUUUGGCUCUUGAGCAUGUGAUGACGUUUCCAGCUUCUCUAGCCAAUCAGAGGUGAAGGAGGCGGGACUUUCCCCGGGAUGUGUCUUUUUCGUCGCAAAAUCGCAUUGGACUUGAUGUGUAUAGUCAGGCGCGUCAAAAUUCGCCUCCGAAUAUUUCGUAAUUUUGCGUUCCAUAUUUGCGUCAGCCCCGGUGUCUAAGGACCUUAAGUCUCAAACAGUAAAAUCUAUAGGUAUGCUCAAUGUUAUUUGUACUUAUUUCACCUUAUUAAAAGGUGAAAAUGGUGGUAUGGUAAGUACGAUUGGUACCGAGUUGUAAAGUUGUCAGUGAUUUCAUUGUUGGACAUACAGCCACUUUGCCUCAUGCUAACUUGUUUGUUGAUUGUUCUGGCAUGUGACACAGUAGGUCAGCCAGGAUAUUGCCCAAUAGUAACAAUCUAAAAGGGGAGAUAUUGCCACCUAGUGUAGCGGGGGUGGACAUACUUUUAUCAAUAAAACCAUUUUUGCCUGGUGCUACUGGGUAAAGGACAGUCGUCGAAUCAAAUACCAUUACUGUGCCAUUAAAAAAAGCUUGACUUAACUGUGCAUAUAAACAUGUAAACUGAAUAACAGUCUUUUUUCAUUGAAAGCGGUGGAACUUGUAAUAAAAUACACUUUUUGGACAGCUUUGUAAUAGACUGCUGGAAGUUUAGUUUGUUUGCUUAUUUUGUUUUGUUUUUCAGUAGGGGUGAGGAAGGGGUACUGCUUUGUCCACUGGGGGCGCCAAUAUGAACACAAACUCCAAGUUGCCACUUUGACUUUUUUCUGUCAAAACAUUAGAAUCAGGGAUCUUUGGGUUACUGAAAUGUUAGUAGUCAAAGAUGAUAUGAUAAGUCUAAAUGGAAAGGACGAAAAAUGAAAAACAUUUGUGUGCAUGUACAUGAUUUAUGCCACUACUGCAAAGGCCAAUGCCCCCUUUGGCCACCCUUCUCACAGUCUGGCUCCGCCCCUGGUUAUUUGGUGCACAACUCGCCCACUUUCCUGGAAUGCGCCUCAGUGACUGAAUCUGCAGUGCAGGACUGGGUACAUGAGUUUUGAAUAAGGAGCAUUUAUUAUACAGCAUUAACCCUAAACGACCUCAAGAAGACGCAUUGAUCCUCAUUUCUUUCUUCCUCCCGGUUAGACUGAAUCUCAUUUGACUCUAAAACCUGCAUGUUUAAUGCAUGAAUCUGGUAAAUCUGUAGGCUACUACACUGAAACACACACACACACACACAGUCUGCAUAGUGCACAGCGGUUAAAAUAUCUAUGCUCGCGCGUCCGCACAUGUGCACGCUUCUUCUUAUCCUCCUCCUCUCCCGCUCCUUGAGCACGAGUUGGUAUCAGAAACUUAGUGGUGCCCGUCAGUGACGCUAAAACUUUCGUGUUUGUGGUUUGUAAGGCGAGCUGAAGUGAGUGGAGGCGGCUGGUGAGUAAAGUCAGAGGUUGUCCAUGGUUUACCUGGAGACAUUUAAACCCUUACUCCUGCUGGUUAGACUGGCAUAAGAACGAUUACGCACUCGGAACGAUACGCAAACAAGCUGCAGAGCAAUGUGUGUGUGAGAGAGAUGUGGGCACGCUAUUUAAAGCGUGCAUUACUCUUGAACAACAGUAUCAGACUUCUUCAGACCACGUUUGCUUCUCUCAGUCAGUGUGAUAAAACCACACUCCAGCCGCUACUGUGUACUGAUAAAUGUGUGUCGGUUUAAUCCGGCGGUUUUUGACUGUCUGUGCUCCUGCUUUCGUUACCCAGUCGCCAAAAAUUGAUGUCUGUAUGUUAAGGCAUGUAAGACCCAACCCCACGAAACUAUGCUUUUCUUGCAUAACAGAGCUUGUUCAGUUACUAGAGGUGGCCUCACGCGUUUUGGCAACUUCAGCAGGAGGAAAUAGCUGAAGACGCCCCUGAUUGUUAAAUCCCAGAGUAAUGUUUAACUGUAGGAAACCUGUAAAAGGCAUUUAUAGAAGUUACUCAAAGGCUUCUCUGCAGUUUUGCAUUCAUUGAAGACUGCUAAUGCUCUACAGAAGUGACAGAGAGCUCUUUACUGAGGUGUGCAGAGCUGAGAAAUUGUGUUUUGCUCUGCUAAAUCCAUCAGUUUAACACUGCUUCAGAGUUGCAAUUUCUCAGCUAGGGAAUCAUCAUCAGUGUGCCUGUCAUGCUUCACAGCUGUGUAAAACAACAAGUAACUUAAGAGUGUUUCAGACUUACUGUUGUCCUCCAGUGCCCAGGAAGGCAACCCCUUAUCACAUUCAUUCCUUGAGAGUGAUCAAAACCAGUUGGUGAGGUUUUGUUGUUUUGCCAUGACUGAUGUUGUUGUAGCGGUGUUGACCGACUCUUUAAGCUUCUCUGAGUGACUAGUCAGCUGACACUGAUUGUCAACCAUGUAGGAAAAACAUAGGACUCAGCAUUCUGGUUCUAGGUUUUAGACCUGAUUCAGGGACUUAUGAUGAUGUUGUUAUUACACCACCACAAGAAAUCUGACAAACCAUAACAACACCAUAACCACACUUAGUGUCUCUAUCUGUCAGCUCAGAGCUAUGAAGUUACCUCAGAGGGUGGGAAUCAUGUUUAUUUCCAAGUAGGUAUUCACAUUCAGGGAUUUGUUUGGUAUCAGAAGCAUGUCAUGAAUGAGAUUAGCAGGGGUGUUUACGGGGGCGCGUGGGGAUGAGGGGCCCUCAUGUCUGAAGAAAUACAGCAGAAGUGCCUUCUUACAUGCUCCUGGCGUCAACAACAUAUGAUGCCCUCUCUCUGCUCCUUCCAUGGAAAGUCCAUGAGAAUCUGUUGUGGUAGCUGUUCUAGUUGUGUAUCAGGCUCUCUGGAUGGCCCUCCAGCACAUUCGGUGUUAAGAAAGUGUCCUCUGGAUGCCCUCCCUGUGGAUAUAGCAUAAAAAAGUAGCACCAUCCAAAUGGCCUCACAGUAUAUAAUAUGUAAAGAAGUGCACUCUAGGUGCACACCGUGUAGAUGUGACGUAUAUCGUUCCUUUUUGAUGCCUUCUGGUAUAAAAACAUGAAAAAAAGCUCCUGCAGGAUGCACGUCAACCAAAAUUAAGAAAAAAAUGCCUUAUGUUAACCAAUUGUAAAUUGUGCUAUGGUGCCCUUUUAGUUAGGGUUGGGCAUCGAGUCUUGAGCAUCGAUGGGGACCAGGGCUAACAUUCGAUUUUUGUAGGAUGGUAGGGGAAGGUCCCACCCUCCUUUGCCUCUGAUAAGCUGGAAGUGCUGAGCUCUGAUUGGUUAUUCCUUAUGGCAACGUUAUUGCCUGUCAGGUAAGGGUUAGGGUUAGGGGUAGGGUUGAGAAAUUUAAAUAAUGUGCGAUAAUGUUCUGUUCGAUGUACAGAGCCGACAGCCCGCAUUUGGCUUGAGCGUGUGAUGACGUUUUCAGCUUUUUUAGCCAAUCAGAGGUGAAUGAGGUGGGACUCUCCCCUACCACCCUACAAAAAAUAAAUAUCGCCUCCCGGAACCGUUCAGAUUUUAAAAUUUCAAUUCCAAGGCUGUGUCCGAAAUGGAUCCCUAACCCCUAUAUAGGCGACUAUAUGGAGGUUAGCGCCAUUUUGAGGGGUGUCUGAAACCUGAGUGAUCAAUUCCAAUGUAGGCGACUAAAAAUUUUCCAUAAAGCAUUGCAAAAUGUAGUGACCAUCCAAUGGUCACUCAACGGUGUGGUGGGCAUCCCAUCAUGCAUUGCGUCGAAAGACGAAGAAGAGACAGUAUCCUAGCUCUAUUUUCCAAUUUCAGAGUAAGUUUUUUAUCUUCACUUCACUUGAAAAUGAUCCGUACAGUUUUUGAAAAACAGUUGUUUGCUGUUAUAUAGUCUCGUGCAUAAUAUGACCCUGUGAACAAUAUUCGGCAAUAUACUGCUUGUGCAUUACUAUAUAAACUAUGCUGGGGGUAGCAGGGGUUUGAAAAGUUACAGUAUUGAAUAUUUGUGGCCUCUGUACAACUGCCUGUCAAGGAUUUCAACAUUUUAUACCAGCCCACCAACUGACUAUUUACAACGACAGCAUUUUGAGAGCUUUGUCUUCAGGUCUGAUUUACAAAGCAUAUUACAUUAACAAUGAUCAAGCACAAACACACCCUCUAAGUUUAUCAAGUCCGUGCAGUUUGCUCUGGUGUUGCGACUUACUGAAGAGAUGAGCUGUCGGCAUCUUCACUCUUUUCUGCACAGGGCUGCACUGUACACUGUGCACUUAACAGUUUUGUCACAUUACAGAUAUGAUUCAAAUCACAUCUGUAAUGUGACAAUAAUAAUUUUAAGUUAAAAAAACCUUGCAGUAUAAAACUUAAACUCUUGUUGUGACUGUGUGUGGAGUGUUCUGGCUCUUUCCAUUUGUAGGAGUUGAUAAUCAGUAAAACAUAUUGUCUGAAGAGUAUUGAACCACUCAUUCAUUGUGCCAGGCUGAUGUUUGAAUCCCAUCGAGAAUGACUGCUAACUCUUGGCACAAACACUAUCAUUUUGAGAAUAAGAGUAUUUAAGGAACUUGUUGUGACACAGCUUUAAGGGUUUUGUGAUGAAAUAUUUAUCAGAGUGAGAAACCCACAGUGAAGUCAGAGAGGAGGAAACAGACCUCUAUUUUUUGGACUUAUCUCUACACUGUGACAGCCACUGACCCAGUAGACCUGAGUUAUGCCCUCAAUGACUGUCACUUCUGCCCCUUGCUGUAGGUUAUUUAACCUCUCCCUGCUCUCCAUUUCCUCUCUCUUUCUAACUUGCUCUCACAUCUUGACCUUGCUCUUCAUCUAUCAUCUAUCACUCCUGUCAGGCUGCAUGCAUCUGCUAAUGCACAAGACAUUCAUUUUAGGUAUUAUGUGAGCUUAUGUUGCAGGGGUUUAAAAGAGUAUUCAAAGAUUGAACUCCCGUAAAAGUACAGUUACUUUGAUGAUACUGAAAAUAUAUAAAAUAUAUUCUGUUAAACUACUUAAGAAAUAAUCAAAAGUACUUCUUUUAAAACGUUCCUACUAUGUACUGAAUACUUUUUAUAUACUGGGAAGAGGUUUGAAAACAAAAUAUGACCUACAAAUUACAUAAAAGCUUAUUUUCCCAAACUAGCUGUAAUACAACCAACACAAGAAUAUAAGUUAUUGAAUAUUUUAGCCCCUUAGUGUGUAUAAAAUUGUUUGUAAGGUCUCCCUGAGGCACAACCGGCUUUGCAUAGAGGCUAAUAUAAAAGUCGUCCAGCCUGCAGGAUGGCUCUUGCCUACAAAAUCAGUUUGUAACCCUCUGUUUACCUUACUGUGGUUGGAAAGAGUGGUCAGAGUUGUGACACUGAUGAGUUGUUCAGCCCGCAGGGCUAAAUCUAGUAACAUAUUCCCUCCGUUAUUGCUGCAGUUUCAUCACAUGAUGUGUAGUUUAUUUGUGAUGUGGUUCAGCUGGCUGGUGGGAAGUGAAGGUCACAGAGUCAACUGACAGUCAAACAUUUGACUGAAACCUGUCUCACUUUGGGAUGUGUGUUUCUUUAAAUCAGUGACAGAUGCUAUGAAAGGUAAAAUACUUCCCAAUAAAGCUCCUGUGAGGAACUUUCAGUUCAUGUCGGUUUGGCGCUCCCCUGUGGAAAAAGUGCAGUCUUUGCUUAUCUUGUUCUCUACAUGCUCAAAUAUUUAAACAGCAAAUCUCAUCCUGCUAACUUUUUACAGUCAAAUGUAGUACUAAUUGGGAAUAUUUCAUGUGGCUGUUUCCUCAUCUGCAAGGCUGACACUUUCGGCCUUGCUCUAGUUUCAGCCAUUAAAAUGAUGAAAUGAUUAUUGUCAGGCAUCAACAGGAUUUUCAGUCAUUACAUACUUGUAAACAUACAUGUACACUGUACACUCUGUUGAUGGCUUGAAUGGAUCAGCAGGCUGAUACAGAUGUUGCAUGUGUUAUAAAUACUCGUUAAAGGUGCCAGUAAAAACACCAGUAUGGCUUUCUUCUACAAAGUAGCCUUAAACACAAGGGGUUAAUUAUGGAAGCAGAUAUUUGGCUUUUUGAGGAUCGUCUGUAUUGCCUUUUGAUUCACAAAUGCUCAAUAAAAAGUUCUAGCUUCUUUGGCUCUGCAGUGAGUGUAUCUACCCUCUCUGGGCAUGUUUUUCUUGCACCAGUUUGUGUCACUCAAUCUGGGGAGCCAGAUGUCACAUGACUAUGUGACCCAACUGGACUGCAAGUGUAACUCUUGUUUUUAAUCAACACACAUCAGUUCAUGAUAUCAGUUCACAGUCCCAUGAACUUCUAGUUAUUGAUAUUGUUAACAGCCCUUGAAGAUCUUGUUCAGGUCUUGAUUUUGACCUCGCAUUACAUUAAGAUUCAUUGGUAAUGAUAACUCUCUCAUUGCUUUAACAGUCACCUGUCCUACCUCUGAGCUCUGUGAGCGUCUCUGAGCGUGAUGGAAGAAGAGCUGCUUCUGCAGGAUGAGGACAUUGAGGGCUCGUGGUCGUUGCUGUCCUGGCUGGCAUCUUGCCUCAUGGUGUUUGGAGGAGCCCUGCCUUAUGUGCCACAGUACCAAGAGAUCCAGAGGAGCAACAACAGCGAGGGCUUCUCCACCAGAGUUUGCCUGGUUCUGCUCAUAGCGAACAUCCUGAGGAUCUUCUUCUGGUGAGGAAGAGAGACUGAAAUGAUCUGAUUUUUCUCUGUUUUCAAUCUCACUCCUUUUAUUUUUGCCCUUUAGAAGACACAGACCAUUUGCAAGGUCAUCCCUCAGAUCUGUCACGGUGUCAGAAAUAAAUAAAAAGGAUCUGAAAAGAUUGAUUUAUUAUAGCAUCUGAGGCCACACUGUCAACUUUGAGGCUUCCUCAUAAAUUGUUUUGUACAUCAGGGAGGAGAGGUCAGCGUUUGGGUUAAAGAAUCAGAGGGGAAAAAAAUCAAUGAAAAAUCUUAACAGAAUUUGGUGGGGCUUUGUACUAUUCAUAACAGAGAAAGUAUUUUAAGUUUGUGCUGCUUAUGAAACAUCCCUAAUAAAGCCUUUUUAACUAAAUAAGAUCAGUCACAUGUUACUCAUGCUGGUUUGUCUUUGAUACUGUGUUUAAGGUUGAUGUUAUACAUUUCUCCAGCAAAGUGAUAAGCAUUUUUAUUUUGUCCUUGCAGGAUAGGGAAGCAGUUUGAGCUCACCCUGCUGCUGCAGAGCGUGGUCAUGAUCCUCACCAUGUUUGCCAUGCUCCAUCUCUGCUGCUCAGUCCAAAACACCAACCGAGUGAGCACCAAGCAACACCGACUCUCAGGUAACCAGCUUUAUUAACUCCUUGUGUAGGCACCUUUGCUUCAAAAAUCUACCUUUAUAACAUAACAGAAGUCCAAUGUUGUGCAAAAAGAGUCACAUGGUGGUAGUGUUCUCUUCAUUUCUCCAAUUUCUUGGCAAAGGUUGGGUGUGUUGUAUUUAGGUUUUAUAUUAUAUAUAUUAUAUAUUAUAUAGUUAAAUAUUUAUAGAACUUUGAGCGAAUCCUGAGUGGUCGGAUAAAUUUAUGACACGUUAGAAAUUUAGUUUUGCCUCCAGCAUGUUGUUACCUAGAGCAAGAGGAGCCGCGAUCCCCAAACUAAAGGCAUUAAUUUAUUUUAGUUAAGUUUAAUCAAGCAGUGUCGUGUAGUUUAGCAGCAUUUAGCAGAGUGGUGAAGUGGUAGAAAUGAAGUAUAAUAUUCAGAAGUAUGUUUAUAUCAGUGCAUAAUCUCCUGAGUGGAAGCAAAUGCUUUGUUUAGUUAACUUUUCUACAUUAAGAGUUGGCUUCUCACAAUGUGUCUACAGGAACACAGAAUGGACAAACUUAUUAUUUUAGUUUUAUAUUUAGUUGAAGCCCAGAUGCCAAACAUAAAUGAUGUUCUGCAGUAAUAAACAGCUUAAAGCAUAAAAACACGAGUUGCCUGACUGAAAUGACAUAACUGAGAUUGAUUGAACUUAAGCCAACUCUGUGUCAAAAACUACGUCAACACACAAAUUCAAUUCAAUCUAACCCAAACCCCCUCCCAGUCACGUCACACAGUGAAUCAUGUCUUACUUGUACAAGACACAUACAGUAUUUUUGCACGUCAGCAGCUUUGAAGCAUCAACUCCUGCUUCUGCCAAAAGAGGGGGCUGUUGGAAAGGCUAAUAUGGUGAGUUGCUGUGUUAAAGUCACUCAUCACUCAGAGUGUGUACAGAUUAGACUGCUAAUAGUAGAGUCACAAGGUUAAUGAAAAUAAUGAUUGUAUAGAUAUAGAUAAGUAAUGUAAAAAUAAGUGCUCACUCAGGGGCUGUUAUCAUCACUGUGAUGCCUCUUAUGGGAACAGCCUUUUUCUGUCUAAUCCAGGCAUAUGUGUGUGUUUAUGUGGCUAAGUGUGUGCGUGUGUGUUUACGUUGUGUGGGGAGAAAAAAAGGGCUUGAAAAUCUCAUUAAGGCGGUGAAGAGUAUAGAGCAGUAUUUCCAUCCAGUGUGUGCUCUGUAAGUGUAUUUGUGGGUGUUGUAUCUGUGUGUGUAGAGAUUAUUUUCAGGGUCCCUCUCUGUAAAGCGCUGACUUUUAUUGAUAUAUGUUUUUUGAUUCUUGUUUAACUUUAUUGGUACUAUGGUUGUUUGGUUUUCAAAGGAGCGGAAAGACAUUCAGGAAAAGUGUACUUUUUAUUGUAUUACAUCCUGUGCAGGGAAAUCAAAUGACGGGAUCUUGUAAUGCUCUGAUCUUGUUGAGCAGUGUGUGUUAUUAAAGGCAUUGGUUACUGCAGUGUUUGAUUCGGAAUGAAGAAAAGUGUGUGUGUGUUGUGUGUUUGUGUGGCUGUAAUUCUUUAACAGUGUGUUGAUUGAAAAGUGCAUUUGUUUGCUCAUAAGAGUAAUGAUCUUUUCGAUCAUUGCAUCAGUGCUUCUCUUGUCUCUGCUCAGUGCUGUGGUAUUACUCAUCAUAAGCACUAUUUUUUCUAUCAAAGCCCACGCUUAAACUUUUCAUAUCGACUGUGAUCAUUUAUGAAGAGUUGUGUUGGAUGGCUUGUUUCCUGCGAGGGCGGAUGAUUUUGUAGGUGCUCAGUGUUUGUUUCAGAUGCAUUGGACAAGUCCGCCUGUGAGCCUUGUUGUCUCCUCUGUAUGUUAAACAGAGCCGGUUGCAGAGAUUCAAAAUGAUGCAGACCAGGAUCAGAUUCUCACACGUGAGUGCCAGUAUAAACGCGCUCACUGACACACACCACCCAGUUACAUAAAGCCCCUCUCUGGAGGGUGGGCCUUAGGUCCAGUUUCAGAGUCUGUCCGAUGGGGGAUGGUGGGGUCAAGACGAGAAUAGAUCAGCCUUUCGUCCUCAAUGUGCGCUCCUCCUUCGUCCCUCCAUGACUGAGUCUUUCCAGCAGAUUGGACUUAUUUCUGUGUAAAGUAGCCUCCUCUUCCAAAGAUACAUGUUUUAUUUUACUGUAUCUGAAGAUCCUUCAUGCUGAGAUCUCUUCUCUGUUAUUACUCCAAAAACCCGCCCAACAAUCUUUGACUGUUCCCUUUUUGUUUUCAUCUACCUUCCUCCUCUGUUCUUCUUUCAUCUCGCUGUCCUUUGGGUGUCAUUUAAUCUGCUCCCAAAUCUUCCCCUCAUCAUCCACCCUCUAACUUCUUAUUUCAGAAGAGACAUCUGAGACCAAAGUCCAUGUGUGCUGGACCAGAGUUUUCUUUGAUUCUACUGCCCCCUGCCAGCAUUUGUUCCCUGCUCACUGACCUCAUAUUCUACUUAUUAAACACACACAGACACUCAGACACUAAGGUGCACACAGGGAAUUUGUUUUUCUGUGAACUUGGCCAGAUUUAGCUGGUUUUUGGUUUUGGAAAGCAGAACUAAUCAAAAGUUCAGCUGAUUGCAAAUAAAACAACACAAUCAGUCAUUUGAGGAAAGGCAACACAAGGGUGGCGUAACAUUUUAUUUUAUAAACUUUACUUUUAAUCACCCUCAUUCAUUUCUGGUAAUGUUCAUGUUUAUCAUUUAUCCACAUUGCUAGCCCUGUGAGUUAAAUUUCCUUUGCCGAAGCCUCAUGAAAUGUUUGUUUGUCAUGCUUUUGUUUUGUUUUUUUCUGCCUUGAGUUGAAGUUGCUUUUUCCUGCAUUUGUGACGAUGCUUUUAUUUUGAAAUAUACUACUUCUGACAAGUUAGGACUGAAAGAAAAUUGUCAAAAAACUUUAGGUAUAAUUUUCCUGCUGAUUAGUAACCCAAAUUGGCACAAACUCUGUUGUUGCUUUUCGACAUUUAAGAAAUCUUUGACCAUCGGUUUUAAAAGUGUUUAAUCAUCUCCCAGAGGACUGCUCCAGCUGCUUUGUGGUCACACCUGUGUUUUAUCACAUGUAGUUAUUCGUGUAAUGGAUCAGUAUUGUGAACUAACAUAGGUCCUGAAUGGUUAUUUUCAACAUGAUUAUAAUAUUUUGGGUUUCUAAUAAGCAAUCAUCAUCAGUACUGGUAUACUGUGACAGCUCUGUCUUUGCUUAGGAUUUGUUAUAACUUUACAAAAGAGCCAAUCUCUUUUGUAAAUGAUUAUCUGUAUAAAAGAGUAGAUGACAGCAAACAGUUAUAAAAAUUGCUCUUAUUUCUAUUAUUCUCCCACAACCGACGUGCUGGGUUUGUCUCAGUUUGUUAGAUCCCAUUCCACUGGAACAAUCAGCAAACCGUACUUUACACGACUCCACUUGCACUUUACUAAUGUAGUAAAUCCAGCUGUCUGCAAACGAAAUUUGGCCUCUGCUUUGAUUUACAUGAGCUCCAACCAAGCUGUUUCUGCAGAGUCCAGCUGGCUGUGUGCUGCUGCUGUGAUGCUGAAUGAUUUUUCUUGUAAUGUACACUUAAAAAAAAAACAAAAAAAACACUCAACCCUUUUCAAAAACCUGGUACCAGCCUGAGCCUGAUUGUCCCAUUUCCCACCAGACCUGUGGCUGUGGUUCCCCUCUACUUGAUGUCCUUUUUUUUUUCCUUAGUGGUUUGUUUAUGCAACGCUCUCUUGACAAAAAGAUGAUAUUUGCUAUGAAAAUAACAGUGAAAAAAUGUUGAGAGAUAGAAGAUAAGGGUUAGGUGGAGCCAUGUUUGUAGAAAUGAGAGGAGUGUGAUACAACAAAAAGUAAACAAGAGGCACAACUUUCCUACAAAUCUAAAGAAAUGUGUUAAAAUAGGCCAGAUUUAUUCUCCUCCCACAUAUCACUGACUUUUUAAGUUCUUAUUUAUAAUGCAAGGACACCUAAAGAAGGUCUCAUAUUUACCUUCAAACACAUUUAUGACUUUUGCUGUAGCUUAUAUCGACUUGAAAGCAGACCAGGAUUGUGAAUUAUGCAGAGAAGAACACAGAGUCAGAUCUGCAAUAAUUUUCCUUGGUGGCAUGUCCAUCACCUGACCUGUUUUUUUUUUUUUUUAAGCUGAAUGAGAAUCAGUACAAUCACACCUGUAAUCAACUCUCCCCAGGUCACCGACAUUAUGAAUAAUGAGUCAGAGCGGGUGUAGACAGAAAGAAUUGAAUGACUGCUCUUUGUGUGUGUUGUAUUCGUACGCUGGUAUACAUCAAGAUAUUCACUUGAUAAUGAUGUUGCUGUUACUGCAAAGUUUAAGGUCAGCAAAGAGAGAGAAAGAGAGUUUUAUUUGUGUUAGCACUGUGACAAAAGUGUUAGUCUUCCUGAUAGGGAAAGUCACAUCAUUCUUUCCUUUGGUUCAUUUGUUGUAAUUUGACAAGGGAAGAAAGAGGACGAAGUGUGAUACCUGGAGUUUUAAGGAGUUUGGAAUUUUUAUUUUUGCUUUUAUUUGCAAUUUGGUACAAGGUGUGAGAAGUACAUGAACAGGCAGAGGUGGAUAGACUGAGCAAACAUCAGAGGAGGUGAACAGGAGGCAAUUCUUUUUUUUUUUUGGAGGAUAUAAGGGGAAGGUCCUGCCCUACUUCGCCUCUAAUUGGCUAGAAGUGCUGGGCUCCGAUAGGUUAUUCCCUGUGGCUUUGAAACGUCAUCGUCUGUCGGGUUAGGGUUAGGGUAAGGGUUAGGAUUAGGAUAAGAGUUAAGGUAAGGGUUAGGAGAUUCAGAAGUGCGAUAAUGUUCUGUUCAAUGUACAGAGCCGACAGCCCGCGUUUGGCUUGAGCGUGUGAUGACGUUUUCAGCUUUUCUAGCCAAUCAGAGGCGAAGGAGGCGGGACUCUCCCCUACUGUCCCACAAAAAAAAAAAAAAAAUCUCGAACAGGAGCUCGUCUGCAAUUUCUCUUUAUUUGGUCACAACACAAUCUUCAGGGUGCCUUCAUAUUGAAAUUCAUUUGAUCCUGCAAUGGAGCAAGGCAAUUGGUCUGUUUCAGUUUCAAUUAUGGUUAUGGCCCCCCUUCAAUCCUAAAAUUUAAUAACAGAGACUGAACAAUAUUAGGGUGUCUGCUGUGUCGCUCCCCCUUAGACCCUAUAUGUUGAAUGAAGUGGACUCUCUCUCUCUUUCUUAACAGCAGCAUCACUUUUACUUCAUUAUAAUCAGCUCAGAUCAGUGAGAAACCAAGUUUGGAGGCAAAGGAAGUUACUGCUCCUUCUUAAAUUUGUAGUGAUGAUGGUAUAUCUUCAACAUAUCCUACAGCAGGCAGCAACCGGGGAACAGAGGUGAGCAGGGAGAGGAGGAGGAGAGAGGAGAGCAGGGAGAGGAGCAGAACUUAAUCAGCAUGUCCAUCUAACAGCCGGAAAAGUUUCCAAAUGAAUAUAUUUGUUUGAAAUAUUUCAAAGGGGCUGUGAGGUUCGUGUUUUCAUUCCCAGGGACUUUGUUUUGCAGAUCAAGAACCAAACUAAAGUCAUAUUUUGUAGAAUUUACUGUGUUUGUAUAGUGCGUGCUUUAUAAGCAGUGCCUCUGUUGUUGAUGUGCAGAGUUGACUCAGAGUCCUGACUUUGCAGUGACUUCCAGCGAUCGCCCCGGGGUGCCACAUUAACAGUCCUGGCCUAUGAUACGGGGAACUGGAGGCAGGUUGAGGGGCACGGAGGGGGGAGAUGAUGCUCAAAGACAAAUGUGACCUGAGGCAAAGUGUCAGGCUCAGUGCAGGAGGAGUCACUUUGAACAAGUGAAAGUAGAAACAGCUGGAGAAAGGGACUAGGCACCAGAUACCGGAGAACUGGGCACUGAUUUUGUCUGAUAGUUAUGUGAAUUACUUGAAAAAAAAAAUCAAGAUUUGAGGGACUUCCUUUUUACCCCCAGAGAAUAAAAUUGAACAGUGUUGUCCUCUUCUGGCUGGACAGGGUAAAGCACCAUCAGAAAACUCUAAACACACUUGAUCAAAGGUGUAAAUUUACUCUAUGAUCUAUAAUAUUUGCAUGAAUUCAUAUUCUUUAUAUUUUUUUCCAUAUUUGGCUGACCAACUCUCUGCUCUUCUCUCGCCUACAACACCACUUUAUGAGUCACCCAGCUAAGAGCCACAAUUUGUAUUUAACAUCCUGUUUGUGGGAGUCUGCGAGAGCUUAGCAGACCAUAACGGAGGAAGAGAUAGGACUCUUGAUAGCUCCCGCUGACCCCGCGGUCAUCCUUAAAACUGUUUGCACUCGAGUGGUAAAAGCAAUUUCAAUUUGUUCAAGAUAACCUCUGCAGGAGAGGUGAGAUGCAGCAGACAGACACGGGAAAGGGAUUGUCUAAAUACCGGGAGCUCAAUUCAUUAUCAGCUCCUAAAUGAACUUUUUUGUGCUGCUUUUUUUUCACCCUGAGAAGAACAAGUGAUAACCUGCACUUGUUUCCAGAAGCUUAUUGCCUCAUAAAUUAAAACCAGAGCUGUUCUGUAAAACGACUGCUGUCUGCUGCUCUGCAUGGAGAGCUGGGGACCAAGUUGAAUCACUUAUCGUGCCAUAUGCUUAAAAAUGAUGAAAACCAACUUAUUCAUGUAACUUACUCAUACAUCCUUCAAUGAAUUAGUGCAUCUGAUGACACAUAUCUACCAACAGGGGUUUAGUGCUUUUUACUUAAAGGGAUAUUCCGGCGUGAAAUUAAUUUAGGGUCAAACACACUGUAACACCGAGUUAGACACCUCCUUGGGAGAUGAAUGUUGCAGACUUCUUGCUUCUUUAGUUAUACCAACUUUAGUAACGACCACAAGAUAGCAAUACACAGUGGUCUGAGGAGCCAUAAACAAACCUCAACCAAAACGCCACUCUCCCACAUAUCACUGUCCCGAAAUCUACAGCACUUUCUGGGGAGCUGUCAUGUCAGUUAUCUUUUUGAUACAGUCUGUGAUGUUAGUAAAGGUCACCUCUGAAUAUUGUCGGAGUAAUUGGAUCUCCAUGCGUCCUUAAAACCUCUCAGGCUGUCCUUUUGUGAUGUGAGAAUGUGUGUGAUCACAGGUUGCAUGUUCAAUCAGGUGUAAACAGCCACUGAGUCAGAAAACCACUUUAAGGGUGAAGGUGAGUCUUUGACUGGUAUUUCUGAGCUGAAUUUCUAUGACUGUCCUUCAGUUCAGGUGAGGUUUUCUGCCAUAUUCGCACGGUUGUUGCGUUUAUAUACGACAUGUGGUCACAGUGCAGCAAUUACUGAAUGGUGCAGCUUUGAGUAUGAUAACUUUGCCACUCACUCUUAUCUGCUGCAGUGGGGCCGUUCCAGUGUAAAAAACACAAUUAUGCACCCACAGACACACACUAACUCCGACACAAAGACACACACUGUGGAACCCAACCAAUUGCAUUGACAUAUUCUAAAGCACACAGGAAAGUGUUCUGCUUACUUUAAACGCCAAGUGUGUUUAAUUAAACCCCAGAUAACAGCAAAGUCUAAUUAGCAAGUCAAAUGGAGUCAGGUAUAUGAGAGGUGCUGUAUUAGCAGCCUGUUAAAUUACUCGGGCAGAAUGUUAAAGAAGAAAAAUAAAACGACUCAGAGGAGGAAUUGUGGAGAUAAUUUUUUACUCAUAAGUUUUUCAGGAGCUCGCAGAUAAACCCCAAUGAAAGAACCUCCUCUUGAAGCAGAGUUAACAGUUGUAAUAAAGCUUUUGGUUGCUCUGUCUGUCUGCUGUUGGACUGUAGCUUGUGAUUCAGCAGCAGGAAUGUUGCUAAAAACAUAAAAGAAAGACUGAGGAGAGGCUCUGCCUUUUGGCCUGAUGUCAAGUUGUCAACAGGAAUGGAUUGUCAGGGUUUGUUUGGCCUGCUGAGAGCAGUCAGUGUGAACAGCGAGACAGAGUGAACAAACCUUUCUGAAUUCACUCAUCAUAAAACGCAAGAGUAGGGUUUGGCAUCGAGUCCGGAGCAUCGAUGGUGACCGGGACUAACAUUUCGAUUCUCCUAGAACCGUUCAAAUUUAAAAAAUUUGAUUCCAAGUUUCGAUGCCGGAGUCCGCCGACCAGAAGAAAUAGCCGCCGAACACCAACGAGGAAGACGCCACUAAACACCAACGAAGAAGAAGCCGCCGAACACCAAUGAGGAUGAAGCGUAUGAGACGAAGCCACACGGAGAGAGAAGAGAGACAAAGAGAGAGAGUGCAUUGCAACCCACAGUGGCUGCGGUCAAAAGUUUGGCUAACUUUAGCAGGAAGAAUGAACUCUUAUCUCAGUGCAACAUUAGCAACACAGUUAUAUCAUGCAAAGGAGGGUGAAUGACCAACAUGAUUAAACACCUCAGGAUUCAUGGAGGAGAAAUACCUGAGGGCCCGUCUUUGACGCGCUUCGCCGGUCUUCCGCUAACCAGGCAGAAUCAGAUAAGUGAAACAAUAAAUGACUUCUGUCUUCUGCUAACAUUGAAGCGGCAAACAAAUUGCACUGUGUAUGGUGGGUCAACUUAAAUAUCCAACUAACAUUAGCCCUUGUACUUUUUCAUAGACAAACGACCUGACAACAAAAAUUGAUAUUUAUAUUCUGGUUGAAAAUAGCCCCGUGAGAAAUUCAUAGUAAAGUUCUUAAAAAGUUAAUAUAAUUAAAAAAUUCAUGGAGAAGUUCAGAAAUUUCAUCCAAAAAGAAGAACUCCGGUUAGCACCCUCAUUUAAACCAUGUAUUUUUAAAAAAAAUAUCCUGCCUUUUAAAAGAAUUGGAAUAGAGAAUCAUUAGGAACCGGAAUCGGAAAUCGAAACCGCAAUCGUUUAAAAUCAAACGAUACCCAACCCUACCCAAGAGCGACUCUCAUGGUUAAUUGUGCUCAGCCAGUCCGGAUUUGAAUAACACUUUUUAUUAAGGAUGCUGGGCUACGGCUAGAGCGGUCGUCCAAUAAUUCAAAGGUUGGUGGUUCGAUUCCCCCUUACCCCUAGUCUAUUCAUUGUGUCCUUGGGCAAGACACUUAACCCACCCUGCUCCCAGUGUGUGUCCUCCACUGGUGAAUGAUUGUGAAUCGGAGAGGCUGUAGGUGCAAAUUGGCAGCCACUUUUCUGUCAGUCUGCCCCAGGGCAGCUGUGACUACUAAGGUAGUUUAUCACCACCAGGGUGUGACUGAAUGAAUGAUGUAUCCAAUGAAAAGCGCUUUGAGGGUCUCUGAUAAAGCGCUAUAAAUCUAAUGCAUUAUUAUUGGCAUAGUAUCGUCAUUAGCAGAUACUUGGUUAUGAACAUUUCCAAACAUAUUUAUGUCAUGUUUGAUAUUAUUUUAGUUGAUUUUUUGAAACAAAAUGACAGAUCUUAUAUGGAUAUAGUCACAUGAUGUAGUUUUGUCAGGUUCAGGCCUGGGCCAGCUCUUGAGUUAUGCCAUCAGUUUAGACCGCCGGGGAUAUUGGCACAUUGAGCACCUUUCCCUCCUUCUCCAUCCUCUCUCUGUAUGUGUCAUUAACUUUGAAUCACUGUGUCCCAUUAGGGUCUGUUGCGGCAUUCCAGUACCUUUAAAAAGUCACCUGAGGCAGAGAAUAGGUCCUAUAUAACUAUGCGACACACUGCUGCUGUUCCAAAGAAGCAUCCUCAGUUUAGAGAAGUAUUGUAAGUUUUAAUAACACAACAGUGGCUUAGGAUUUACACCCACACAUAGGAUGGUGCAUGUGUACACUUUUGGUGAUGUGGAUCAAAGCAAAAAAACCCAAAAAAAACAGAAGUGGUCAACAAAAAUUACGGCUAACUAGACUCACCUCUCAACCCCAGUGCAGGUGAAGCAGCCACUAAUAUAACCUAUCAGCUGUCAACCACAGUGCUCAUGUGACCUAAAACCCUGCAUACCGCAAUGGCAACCAGACAAAAGUAAUUGAACACAGAAUAACCCAUCAGCAAAGCAACAUUAUGGCUCCUACAGAGUCAUGAAUACACGGUCUUUGUUGGGAGUCCCUGAGCUCCAUCAUGCUGUAGGUUCCUCUAGAUUGCUGCUGCAGACGUUUUCCUGCGGUGGACCUAUCUGGUUUCUUGCUGCUUCAGCUAACGUGCAUCAAUCCCAUCUCUGUCCCUCAACCCCCCUUUUCUGCAUCAUCCUCUAUCCCUUCUCUCAACCCAGCGCAGAGGCAGCAGAUGACUGCCUAACAUGAGUCUAUGUCUGCUUGAGGUUUUUGCCUGUUUACACUCCUAGUGUUCAUCCAGCUGAUGGACCCAGGCCAAGGAUGAUUGCAUCUGGCAUUUGUGUUUCUCCAUCAGGACCACAGAAAGAGGGAGAGAGCAUACAGAGGAUCCAAAGGUUAUAACGGCAAAGUCUCUGGUUAGGGACUGAAUCCAACCACGUUUUUUAGUUGACCCCGGUAAAGUUCACUUCAAACUGAAUAAAAACUUCACUUUUCUUCAAAUGUAAAAUUGAAUAUUAUGAAUAUAUCUGGGCUCCUCCCUGAGGCUCUGCCCCGGUACCUCCUGGUUAUUUAUGGAUGUGGGUUAGUAAUUCAUGAACAAGUCUUUGACCCUGCUGAUCUGGUUGUGUCAGUCAGGACAGUGUGUCACCUCAUUAGACCAGCACAGAGAGACGACCUGACAUCAUCUAUCAUCAUCCACUCUCACCAUGUAACCUGACAGAUGUGCGUGUGUGUGAGGUUGUGUGAUAUGUACCGGUGUGAUCUGUGUAUAGUACAUUUGGGUUUCUGCAGCGGGCUGAGUCUCUGGGCAUUUGUGUAAGAGUGUGCGUAACAGCAUCUUUGUGUUCCCAUUUUGUGUGUGGGUGUUUUUGUGCAAGUACAGGUAUGUGUAUUUAUAGCUUGCAUGUCAAUACAGACGUCUGUAUCAGGUUGACUGGGUGUCUGUUAGACGAACAUGGAGUCUUUGUGUUUCGAUUGAUUGCUGAGUGGAUGAUGGACCGUCCUAUUGAUGGUAUAUCUUUAUUCGCAACAGCCUUAAGGUCCUUACACACCGGGGCCGACGCGAAUAUAGAAUGUGAAAUCACGAAAUAUUCGGAGGCGAAUUUUGACGCGCCUGACUAUGUACAUCAAGCCUGAUGCGAUUUCGCGACUUUCCGGGGGGGAAAAGACGCAUCCCAGGGAAGACUUUUCUCGGGGGAAGUCCCGCCUCCUUCGCCUCUGAUUGGCUAGAAAAGCUGGAAACGUCAUCACAUGGUCAAGCCAAACGGUCAGCACUUAAAGCCAAUCAGAGGAGAAGGAGGGCGGGACCUUCCCUUAACAGCCAGCAAAGCGAGAGGACAAAAAUGGUGUCUACUUCAACUUCAAGUGAUGGCGAAUCCUUGGUGAUGGUACUCCUUUUGCUUUCUCAUAAGAAAAAGAAAUGUAGCACAUAUGUGCAUCCAGUGUUACCCAAAAGAAGAGAACUUGGUGCCUGGUUUAGGAGGUUUUUUAUCAAAAUGCACUCUGUUCUCCGACACGUAAACAAUCAGUCGGUCGGAUAUGUUGGAUAUGUUGGAUACCGGUAAAUCAGACAUCGCAACAACACGCAAUCUGAUUGGUCAGAAGUGGACACACAGUAUGCAAAACUUUUGAAAAAUCGACCACAAUCCGAAAAAAUAAAUGCCGCAAUAUCGCAGAACGGGAAAACGUUGCUGAUGUGAACACUUGUAUUGACAGGAUACGGGUUCGAAAAAAAAUAUUGACGUCUGAAAUAAUCGCACGAUAAAAAUGGUCCCGGUGUGUAAGGACCUUUAGAUGUAUUGGUAAUCAACCAAAAGUAAAUGUACACAAUGCUUGCUAUUGAGUUGUCUUGGUUUAAGAUAAUCAUAACCCUGACCACCCUCUCCACCCCACUCUGGACAGACAGCGGAGCUCCUUCUCCAACAGACUAGUGCAGCUCCGCUGUCGAAGGGACAGAUACAGGAAAUCUUUCCUGCCACAAGCUAUAGCUCUAUUUAGUAACUCACAUCUGUCAGACAAGGACUCACAUCUGUCUGCUGUAUAGUCCAUUUUUAAAACUCCUACCACAUCACAUUACUGAGCACCCUAAUAUUGUCUGUUUAUUUAUCAUCCCAUCUGUGUCUUCCGCAUUUCAUAUUUAUUACUCAUUUCAAUAGCCCACGUUCUUCAUAUCACACUUUUUUCUCUUAGGAUGUUUAGUAUAUUUAGUCUGUAUUUGUUGUAUAUACUUAGUAUUUUUAGUAUUUUUAGCCUGCAUUGUACUUACUUGUUCUUAUAUUGAAUUUUAUUUUGUAUUUUUUUGCUGCUGUAACUAUCCUAAAAAAGAUUGUUGUUAUGGUCAAGCUUUCUCUGUUUUUGAUGUUUGAACAACUCCUACAUGAGGCUGUAAUUUCACCCUCAACAUGUACCCUCUGUGGUGUCGACAUUUCAGGUGAUGAAGAUUACAGCUCUCUGCUCUGAUUACUUUCUGGCUGCAGAAAUGCCUCACAUAUCUAUAAGGCUUGUCAAAGACUUGCUGUUUUGACAUUACCAAACCACAGAUGUGUGGAGGGUUAAAUUAAAUCACUGCUGCUUCGCUCUCUUUGGUCUGACCGGCUGGUCUGGCUCAUACAUUUUUGAAGCACACUGCAGCCUGUAACAGCUCUAUUGUGGCUGGUGGUUGGCUCAAUUAUUGAAGCCACACACCAAGAAGCACAUUAAACACACAUUCCCAAAGUGCAGCGCCCCUGUGGAGGGAAAGCACAGUCAUUUUGUUGCGGUUUCCGCGUCAAUGGGGGUUGUGCUUUCUUGCAGCCUGCAGGAGGUGAAAACUUGGUUGUGGCAGAGAACCAGCAGUUAGCCAGGUGGUUGGUGUAAUCUUCAGAAUUACAAUUUGCAUGACUGUUUAUUUAUUUAUUUUUCUUUGACGCCCCAAUUUCACUCCAUAUUUCUUUUACUCCACACAACAGUGAAUAAUAUGAAGCAGACUUACCUACAGUGAGGUUUUUAUUUUGAUUUGUGCGGUAGAAACCGUCCUUUUGUGGGAGCAACACAAUCAGCCUCAGCAACAUUUUAGCUCCUUAUUCUCAGCUCCCAUCUCUCAACAUCAUUCUGAGAACAGUUCCCAAUGCUUCAUCAUUCCAAUUUAGCCAGGUUACUGUUAAAGAAGGGGUAUUAUGCAUUUUUUUCAGACUUUACUCUCCCUCUAUGAUACCUCUUAAAUAUUUAACCCUUUAAUGCCCUUUGUAUCAUAUUUGAUACAUACUUUUAUGAUACUUCUAUCAAAUCAAUAUGAUCAACAAAUUACUAAAAUAACACCUGAAUACAGUCCAAUAAAUGAUAAAAAUGUCCUUUUGUGGUUUAUCAGUUUCCAAAAACAUCUAAUGUAUCAAGAUAAAUACAUAUAUUUCUUAAAUUUUAAGGACAUUUUUAUUUUUUUGCUUUUCAGUAGUAAGUGAAAUAAACAUUUCAGCUCCCCAAAAUUUUGAAUUUUCUGGCCAUAAUUUGUGGUUCCAGGCAUUAAAAGGCUAAAAACCCAAAAUUUCUCUCUCAAAAUAUAAUUUUGUCAGCUUUCUUCUAAAACACUCUGUUUUAGUCGCUGUCUUUUUAAUUCGACAUGAUCAGCUGGCAAGUCGAAAUUCAACAAACAAGCACAUUUGUUUCAGUCUCCUUUUGAGGGCAGACCUGACAAAAUGAUCAUUUUUACCUUCUCUCAUGAUGUUGUCAUUUUGGCAAAGACCUAUCAAAUACAAGUACGUAAAAUCUGGAGUGUAAGUCAAACUUGUAAUACCUUGUUUGUUAUCCAAAAGUGGGCUGCAUCAGUUUAGGGAUGCACAACAUUAUCAGCAUGGUAACGAUAUUAACAGACAAUAGCUUUAACAGUUAAUCAUUUUAUCAACAGAAGUGAAAAUUUAUACAGACAAAAUUACUGGCAAAAAGGUUUUGCAUAUGUCCUUUUACAGUAUAGAGGGAUUACACGUCAGCUGCACAGAAGUAGUAUCAGAAACAGGUGCAUUUCUAAAUGUUUGUUGUGUUCCUAUAACAACAAAAUAAAAGAUGUGGCUAUAUCAUCAUUGGCCAAAGUGAGUUUGAAGAAUAUUGGCAGUUUAUAGGAUAUUAGUAAAAGUCCAGUAUCAUGCAACUCUACACUGGUGUAAAAUGCAGACAAAGGUUGCUGCUGGCCUAUGGUCUAUGUUCAGCCCACAAUCAGAUGCCUUGAGCGGUAAGCCCGGGUUGGCUUCCGGCCUGUGGUCCCCUUUCCCACAUGUCAAUCUCUGCUCUGUCUCAUCCUAUUUCCUGCUCUGUGCAUUGUCUAGUCUUCUCUAAAUAAAGGCAAAAAGCCUGAAAAUAUGUAUUUAAACAAAUGCAGAGUUAUGAAUUCUAUUAUUUGAUGGUAUUCACAUAAAGUUGGAUAGAUGCUAAUUCAGGGGAUGAGAUGAACCAACAGUGUUUAAUUCUAAGAAACAUCUGGAGGAGUAGAUUUAGCUGUGUCUUUAUCUUUGAUUAGGACUCUUCUGACGUUGCCGAUUGGACUGUUUACAAUGCAGAGCACAUGCAGGACAUGUUGGCCUUUUCCUUCUGACCAUCUGCUGAAACUCACUGGUGACCACAGAAGGUCAAUGCAUCAAUAUGUUUACCUUAAAACUGUUGACCAGGGUCCUUGGAAGCUCCGGUCUUGGUUUUCCAAAGAGAAAUUAUAGCUGACUCAAGUUGUCAGAGGAGUUUUCUAACAGUCCAGCAGCUUUAGAGAAAUUGCUCUGUCAGUCAUGCCAUUGUUGUUGAGUUAAUGCAAAUGAGUCCUUGGCUCUGCAAAGUCAGGAGGUGGCAUGAGAAGAUUUCUUUAAGCUCUGAGCCAAUUAUUUCUUCAAUGAAUGCAAAAUAAGAUCAACCUCAACCUUUUCUCUUUUUUCGCUCUUUGAAGCCUUUGUUGUUUGGCGUGUUGUGCCCUUAUUAGCCCCGAUCAGAGGGACUGUGGAAGUGUCAAACUUUAAAAAACCUCUGGCUCCCUCAUUAAAAGAAAACUCUGCCUCCCACUCACACAACAACACAAAUCUUCUUGCCUUAAAAGAAAAUAUGCACUCCGAACUAUUAAGUAAUUGGUUUAGCUCAGUUAGUUACGGGCCAAAUAUAAAUUACCUAAAGGGUUUUAGCAUGAUUAAAUCUUCUUGUGCCAGUUUACUCCUGAGUCAUCACUGAGUUAAUGAGUCAUUGUUGUUGCUGGAGAAAUGCGGCUCCAUCCCAGAUCUGCCUUGAAUUAAAAACACAUCCUGUCAGAGAAAGUUCUCCAACUCUGAACUCCACAGAAACACUGGGAUGAUCCAUUUUGCAGAGGAAGAGGAACUUGCAGCUGUGUGUGGAGCGGCGGAUGUAGCCGGAUGCCUGCUUAGCUGCUGUCCUAAUUGGGGAGGUGUUUCUGUGCCCCGGGCACCGAGUCAGCCAGACUCAGGACUCACAUAGACUUAUCUAACUGGUCUCCAGCAUGUCAUACCGUGCUGUCUGUGAGAGAACAUCACUGCCUGCAGGACACACACACACGCACGGUCGCACAUGAACUGGCUGGAAAAAGAGCCAUGUCACCAAAAAACUAGGAUACCAGAGAUACUCACAACUAGAUGAUUUGAGUUUUAAAGUUUUGCAGACUUUUCUAGGUAAAUAAUUUUGAGGCUUGUGUGGCUCCUGCUGAUCAAAUAGCUGAAAACAAGUUCAUUUUAAAGCAGGCUAAACAUUACAAUUUUUAACCCCCUACUCUGUCAAAUCACUGAUAGUUGAGCUCAGAUUCAAAUCAGUCUGGAUGUACAGAUGUGAUUGGGCUGAAAAUGAUGUCGCCCUUAAUUUAUUUCUUUAUGAUGACUGUAAAUUGUGACUCUACAUAGGCUCACUAAAUGAUGACCUUUUUCUUAUGCAGACAGAUAUGACACAGCCCAACCUGCAGGAGUGGAGUCAUUGUACAUGACUGAUUUCUCCAGAUGAAAAGAAGCUUUUAAUGAAAUUCUGUGACUAUAGAUGGGGAAAUUCUAAAAUUAUUUGCAAGUUUAUAAUUUGGUACUUAAUUAUGAAAUUUGAGUCACACAAGGAGAGCUGUUACAGUGUGCUCACAUUGGUAAAUGCGCUCAAAGCCAGUUAAGUCAGGUGCUCUUGAAGAAAAUAGCAUUACCAUCCAAGAGGGGAAACCUGUAGGGCUGUCUACAAGCACACUUACUUGGAUCAACGAUGGUUUUAAAAGCCUUUAUUCAUUCAGAGCAUGUCUAAUAAAAAGUCUUUGUAGUGACUAUUCUGAUCAGAUUUUUAGUCACUGUCUGGGUGCAGGGGUCAGUUUUUUAUGUGCUUCGAAGAGUCUAAUGUCCAAACAGAGGUUGUUGUUGAGUUAUUUGUUUGCCAUUUAUUGAGCCAAUGAAAAAAUAAAAAAAUAAAUUAGGUACAUUGAACUUACUAUGAUGGCGAUGUACUUGAUGAGGGUAAGGGUGGUGUUAAAGAUCGGUUGUAAAAACCGUGUGCUCUUUCCAUUCCCAAGAUCACUGCUUCGCCUGUGUCCCUUUUGUAGCAUUUACCUGCGUAUUUACCUCAAGUCCCCCUUGUGGUGAUUGUGCAAGUGACAAAACAAAACCCAAAACAACGUAGAUAAAAUUGCUCACACAGUCAUUAACAUACAGAAAAAAAACAGUCAGAUUUAGACUCUGUCACGGUCUACAUCAAGGCCUGGUGACUGAAUGGAGUCAUUUGAAACACCACAUAAUCUGAGAAGUGAGAACUACAACAGCAUUUAUGAUUAAAAUACUCAAUACUUUAAAAUACAAAAACAAUAAAUGACAGUAUGAAAUGUAUGAUGCAUGUUUUUCUUUUUAUCAUUUGCCAGUAAUAUGAGGAUAUAUUUGACCUGUAGAGGAGUUGCUGAUGUAGUUGCACAUUUUAAAGCGGCAGAGUUCAGAACAUCUCACAGGAAGGCAGGACGUGUGUUUUGAUGACUUACCUCUGAAAAGUUGUAUCAAUUUUUGGAUAGCUUCUCUGUUCCUUCCCCCUCUCUCUCUGUCUUAAUCAUCUCUGCUCCACCUUUUUUUUUUGUUCAUCCAUGAUUUUCCUCACCUACUCUGUCUCAGUUAAACACCUCUCGUCUCCCCCUCUGUCUGAACAGUUGAAUAAAGCAAGUGGACAGUGAUGUAACCUCACUGCAGGGCAUAUUUUAAUACUUUAAACCUCAUUCAUCUGCAUUAUUUAAAAGAAAAAUGAAAGUCAGCCCUCAUCCAUCAUUUGUGAGACGGCGUGAUCAGAUUUUAGAGUUUCCUGAAAAGAUGGUUAUGAGAGGACCCAGCAGGAUCACUCUGAUUUAUGUGAGUUAUUUGUGACAGCAUGCAGCUUCAAGUUUCAGUUGGUAUUCUAGAUCUAAUAUAUAUUUGGAAAAAGAGUGUUUAUGUUGCAAAACUCAACUGCUGUGUAUAAAUAGAUGUUGGUUCUGUCAGAGCAAAAGUUUGUUUCAGCUGGUUUAGUUUAAAAAAGUUUUAAUUUGUUCACAUUUAAGCUCUUUUAUUUCUUUUUUUAAUACCAACACUUUGAUUCGGAGUUAAGGCCUGUAUGAGUGUCCCAUUUAGAAGAUGGUGUUGAUGUUUUAGCAUGCACAAAAGCCUAAUAGUAUUAAAAUUUUUGUGUAAUGCAUCAUAAGGAUGUUGAAUUCACAUAGAAAAUGAUAAAAAUGGUUGACCCCGGCUAGUAACUCAAGCCUACUGCCAUCUGGUAUUAUGUUUGUUUGUAUUGCAAACACAUUUUCAGGAUGUCACCUCUUUAUCAAUGUUGCUUACACUGUUAAAACAGUCACCGUAAGACUGUGCCUGCAAUUCACAGACAAAAUUUACAGAUAUUUGUAGAAAACCAGAAUUAUCUUUUCUUUUGAAUUUGUUGGUUUUACUGUGCAAAGGCUCUAAAAUGUGACAGACAUGGUGACAGUGAAUGGGCCAUUGUGCCGUUUAGCAGUAGGUAGGGCUAUGACUUUGGCAAAGUUAUGGUAUUUAGGAAUCCUUAUGUCAGUGUAUUAACAAAAACAUAAAGGAUAAAGCUUUAUUUAACAGGACUUAUGGGAGUUAUUAUUGCUUAUGUCUAAUACAGUUAGGGUUAUGUUUAUGCAUUCAGAAUGGGACCAUCAUCAACCCUAAAGUUUGGAUCAGACUGUAAAAGCUAGUAAGUCCACAGGGUGACACUAUGACUGUAGUUGAGAAGUGAGCACAUACAGCGGUUGAAAUAAGUAUUAAUCACAUCACCAUGUGCAAAGAAUUCAAACCAUAGAUGUCUGUAAAUGAAGAAGUGGGUGAAAACGUAUUGAGCACAUGAAGAAAGGGAGGUGCAAAAAGGCAUGGAAAAACAAGCAGUAAAUAAAAAGCAAUUGUGCCUCAUGCCAUUGGAAAAUAAUCAAGACCUUUGCAAACGUACAUACAUACAGCCUGUUGGCGCUGAUUAUAGAAGGAUUUCUGAACGCCUGAAUGUUGUGGUGAGCACUGUUAGGGUCAUAAUCCAGAGCUGGAAAUAACUGAAUUUUGCCAUAAACCAGCCGCAACCACAACCAAAAAUACAAAUAUUAUGAAGGGGGGAUAGAAGAUAGGAACAAACAUGAAUAAAAUGGGAAAUUACAAAAAGAACUGAAUAUUAGAAAUAAAGCUAUUUACAAAGCACAGAGUGUUUAGGGAAUAAGCAUAAGAGAAUACAAAACCAGUUUGUAGUGUAGGAUAUUGCACAGCGUUUUUUACAGUUUAACAAAGCAUUGCACAGUUAAACAAAAUAUUGUACAGUUAGCUUGAUAAACGAUGUUGUUAUCAGUAUUGCACUCUUAGAUUAUUGAAGUUUUUACCAGUUUACAAACCGAUUGCACAGUUGAAUGUAUUAUAUGUUGUGAAGAAGUCUACAGCUACUUUAUGACACUCAGAGGGAGGAAUCAUAAAGUUUGAUGGCCACAGGUAAGAAUGACUUCCUGUGACGCUCUGUGGUUCAUUUAUGGUAAAUGAGUCUAACACUGAAUAAGCUCCUCUGUUUGACCAACACGUUAUGGUGUGGGUGUUGGAUGAUGUCCAAGAUUACAUGUAGCUUUGACAACAUCCUCCUCUCUGUCACUACCGUCAGAGAGUCCAGCUCUACCCCCACAAUUUUACUGGCCCUCUGGAUGAGUUUGUUGAGUCUGCUGGCGUCUGCUACCCUCAGUCUGCUCCUCCAGCACACAACAGCAAACAGGAUCACACUGGCCACCUCAGACUAAGAGAACAUGCACAGCAUGGGCCUGCAGAUGUUAAAAGACGCCAGUCUCCUGAGGAAGUAGAGACGGCUGAGCCCCUUCUUGUAGACAGCUUCAUUCUUGUCCAAGUACACCCAAGGUACUUGUAGUCCUCCAGAAUGUCCACACUGACCCCCUGAAUAGAAACAAAAGUCAAUGGUGUCUUUGUCCUUCUCAGAUCCACUAUCAAUUCCUUAGUCUUUGUCAUGUUGAGCUGAAGAUGGUUCUGCUUCCAUCAUGUGUUUAAAAUGAUCAACCACAGUCCUGCAUUCAGCCUCAUCACCCUUCCUGAGGUAUCCAACUACAGCAGAGUCAUCAGAGAACUUCUGAAGGUGGCAGGACUCUGUGUUGUAGUUGAAGUCUGUGGUGUAGAGGGUAAAGAGGAAAAGAGGAAAGGCCUGUCCCCUGUGGGCCCCCAGGGUUGCUGACCAUUCUGUCUGACACUUUGUACUGUUAUAAGCGUACAAACUGUGGUCUUCCAGUCAGGAAAUCAAUAAUCCAGGACAAGAGGGUAGCCUCCAUCUGCAUCACUGUCAGCCUCUCACUCAGUAGAACCGAUCUGAUGGUGUCAAAAGCACAGAGGAAGUGAGAAAAUAUGACUUACAGUGCUCUCCAGUUUGUCCAGGUGAGCGUAAACACAGUUGAACAGGAAGAUAAUGACAUCCUCUACUCUCAGGCAGGAGCAGAUCCAGAGGUGUUUGACUGUCAGCCUCAGCCUUGAAGACCGAGGCUUGUGGUGAAGACAGGAUGAAGCAAUCCACAUUUUUAUAAGGCUUGAUGAAUGUGUGAAGUUUCAUGACUUUUUGAAACAUGUUCAGACCUCCAAAUGUGAGCUUAAUCAGGCAGAAGAAACGACGUAGAAAUGAGACAAUGAUAUUAGGGUUCAUUGGUCCUACUAACCUUUACAUUACUUUAUAAUGAUCAAUGCUGACACAGUUUGUCACAAGUUAUCUGUGAGACAUCCCUGUCGCCCUCCAAAAACAUAGACAGAACAUAAAGUAAACAUUUUUCUUUUGAUAGCGCCUCUGCUUCACACUUGCUGCCAUUCUCCUGAACUAUAGUUGCAUGCACAGCUAAAAGACGGGACUGUCUCAGUAAGGUGCAGGGGACAUAAUCAUUGGUUGGUAACUGAACACACACACACAUACACACACACACAGACACACACACACACACACACUCAUACAAAGGUGAGUAGCCAGUUGUGUAAUGGGGAAGGUAAAUGGACAUUCUGUCUAAAUAAUGACUUUUAAUGAGGCACCGCUAAUUACUGUCAGCUCAGACUGGCUGAUGAGGAAACUGUAUCCUAAUGAAGGGACGAGGAAGACCGCUACUUUAGUUUCAUUCAACUGGUCUCUGUCAUUAACUUGUCCACUCUAAACCGCUGAAUGCCAAAACUCUUCCUCUGCGUCUUUUUAAAGGAGUGGCUGUUAAUUAUUAAUUUUCAAUGUCAUUAAUUUUGCAGUCCUAUUUUCCAACAUUUAAGAGUUAAUAUCUUAAAGAAGUUAAGUCUGUCAGUGAUCCGUUUGAACUUCCCUUAAUUUUUAUAUGGUUAGAAAAUAAACCAAAAGUGAAACUGAUGCCUCAUUAUUACACUUAAAAAGGAAAUGAGACUACAGCAGCAUUCAGUUGUACUGAUGCCUGAAACAGUUGUGUGAGGAGGGGUAGGUGUCCACAGGGGGGGUGCCAAAACCAGAACAGACCAAAAGUUCCUCACAGCAGCUUCAAAUCAAGCUAGUUAUCCAAAACAUUAGGAGAUAUGUUGGCUAACAAAAACCCAAACAGUUUGACAAAAUGUGAAGGACCUUGUUUCCUUGAUUUGAUUCCAUUAUAUUCAUUCAUACAAACUCACAGUUAAUCACUUCAAAAGCUUCUCUGUGGUGUAUUUGCACUACUUGUUAAAUCUUGUGUUGUGUCAUGAAGCGCUUAACCUCCAUACAAGCACUAUUUCAUGUUUCCUACUCCCAAGAUGCAAUUUAGCUGAAAGCUAGCACUGAUGAAAUUGUAUUUAAUUGAGCAGUCCCUGCAAAAAUUAAACGAUAAAAUGUAUUUUAUUUCCAGGCCGAAUCAUCAAGUGUUAACAGGCUCACUUCAUAUUAGCAGGAUUGAUUACAGCCGUUAAAUGAUGUGAUUAGAUGGAGUAAAAGGCUUAAUGCACUUGAGUGUGUGCUUUCUAGAUUAAUUACAUCAAGCAUGUUCAUAAGUGCUCUGUUUUGCUUAGUGAUUAUAGUAUUUUUGCAAUCCAUGGGCAACACUGAUGUGAUAUGCUGUGUUCAUGUAUGAACUGUAAUGGGCUGUCAGUGUGGAAUAGACAUUAAGUCAAACAGUCUCUUUUGAUAAUAAGAUUAAGAACAAACUGACUGUCAUGUGUGAACAACUAGACCUGCUGCUCCACAGACUGUCAUUUCAGAUCUGAAGGUCACUGUGUUCAAUCUGCACAGGUUUGAUUCAGUGUAAUUCUGCUGCUGAUAAUAGUCCUGCUGCUUUCCCCUGACUUUGUUUUCUGUUUGUGUUAUCUUUUAUAUACACCUGCGUAUCUCCAUUGGAAGAAAAGCUCCCAUUGAUAACCUGUCUGCCCUCAUAGACCCCAAUUUGGAACCUUUUGCUCCCCUGUGUCGCUGUGUCCAUAUCUGGACCCCUGACUCUUCCAUCUGGUCAACAGCUGAUCAUUAUCUGACCAAAUCACCUUCACACACAGCUUCAUUCUGACUGGGGGGGGGGGUGAAAAAGGGAGGAGGCACAGAGAGGAAGAGAAGCAGAGGACUUAGAAGCUGUAGUUGCUGUAUAUUGCUGUGAUUUGUCUUUGACGGUGUUUAAGAGAGACAGAACAAGUGAGGGACAAGACAACCCGCUGGUAUUUAAUCUGGUUUCCUCUCCUCCUGUUUCUGUCAUGCUCUCCUGUGUGAUUACUCCAGAGAUGCUUCAUCUCCUCUCGGACACCCUCAGCACCGAGGUCACCGCAUCUCAGUACUUAUUGUUUAUUUAUAAUUAGGGGUGUCCCGAUACAACUUUUUGACUUCCGAUACAAUACUGAUAUUGUAGCCAUCAGUAUUGACCGAUACCGAUAUUGAUCCAAUACUGGUACAAAAUUGUGCAUGACAAGUUUUUCACUCAGCUGCAAUGUCUUUUUCAGACUUAAACAUAGCAGCUGAGUGAUUCUGAUUCUGAAACAAACUACUGCCACAAGGCCAACAUCACUUUUACUCCUUGCUACUUUGUUUGUACCUUAGUACACCCCGUUGUUGUGAGGUGGCAUCCGAUAUCAAUAUUGUAUUGGGACACCCCUAUUUAUAAUAAAGGACUCCAGCAAGAAGCACAAACACAGACAUGUGUUCUGACACAUGCUUUUAAAACUUCAUUUCUGCCCCCCCCCCACCCCCCCUUUUUUUUUGUGAAUUUCUAGGAGGAAACAAAGUCAUUUUUACUUUCAUUCAGAAAAAUCUGCAGCUCAGCUCAUAAAGCUUGCCUGAGGGAAAUCACAGAACUAAAAUUCCCCCUCACCUCUUCUUAUUCCUGUAAAGUUUACCUGAAAUGCUGGAGAACAAAAUACCCCAAAACACUCAGACAAGCUGUUUUACCUCAGUCAGCCCAAAGCAACUUGUGUACAAAAAAACGUCAUGUAAUUUUAGAACAGGAGCAUGUAAAUAAUGUAUUAUGUCAAAGACUGCGUCAUUGUACUUAACACUCUGACUCAUGUUGCACACGUCAGCGUUUUGGCAACACUGCCAACAAUCCCAUUUUCCUGCAGCCUUGUCCAAAAAUAGCUGGUUUGUUAACAACCAUCAACCUUGUUUGAAUCUGUCGAGCCAUGAAAGCUAAAAGCUUUAUCUCAUAACUGUCAUUUAAAUCCUAAUCCAGCAUGCAGGACCCGAUCGAAGCGUGGUGGGGUCUGCAGACUGAGGGGCUUUAUUUUGUUGUGUUGUUACAUUAAUAAGAAGUGCAUCUUGAGAAAGUGGUCACUGUGUUUUCUGCUCCUCUUUUACUGUCAAACCGACUUCUACAACCUCAGUCUGACAGCUUCAGGUGUGUGAAGGAGUUGGAUGUUCUAGUCUGCAACAAGAUAACCAAAGAAAAGUGGGUUUUGAACUUCUUGAUGGUAGGUCAUUAAUAUCCAUCAGGUGAAAAUGACAGUUUACGGUGUUAGUGAGGUUUCUGAGGGGUAAAUUAAAGAAAAAGAGUUGUUAAAAAAUGAAUUGGGUAAAGUGUAGCAGAAUUGUUUGUCUGUUUUGAGGUUUAAUAAGGAGGCAUUUUAUCUCCCUAAACAUGUCAAGUUUUAUUUUGCUGCCGACAACAAAUGUGAACAAGAAAGAAACUUCAAAGAAAGUACGCUGGAGCUUAAAAAAACUGAAACUCCAGCAGACACAUCUGACCUUGAGUGAUCUGAAAAGAUUUGAGACAUUUUCGGAUUUAGACACUGAAGCUUAUAUAGAUACGAUCAGGGCAAGUGAAGGACAAUGCCAGUGAAGGGUUUUCUUUAUCUUGGGUUGGUGCGCACUGAUGGAGGUUGCUGCUCUGGGUGCAGAAGAACGAGGGAGAAAGAGAGGAGUUUUAAAAGAAAGAAGGCAGGAGAGAGGGAGAAAGACGAGGUUUUCUUGGUCUCUGGUCUGUUUUUGAUGCACUGCUGUCUGGGGGUUGUUGUUGUUUUUGUGGUUGUUUUUUUUUACUAGCAUUACAACAAUUUCUCUCUAUAUUUCACACUUAAAACAAUAUUAGUUUGCAGAUUUAGCAUUUGAUAUGUUGUGUUUACCCAGUUUUCACUUAAAGAUACAGUUUGAAUAGUUAUUUAACAAUUAUAUUCUUUCAACAUGUUAACCAGCAUGUUGAAUAAGCAUUGAAACUCAAGUUGAAUUUGGGGUUUAUGUAUACAGAGCUUCUACUCUAUCCUGGUAAACCUGUAGUUGUAGAGUUGACUUGUCAUUAAAAAACAUACCCUGAAGCCCACAGAAAGGAUCUGGGCCACCAGUUUUUCAUCCUAAUUUUAAUUUCUACGUCUGAAUCUUUUCUCAGAGUUCUAGUCUAAGGGUCAGAGUUCUGAAAAAAAUUGUUUAAAAAAAUCAGACAGUCAAACUCAAAAAGUCAAGAGUUAGAAAUCUAUGAAAAUCCAGAUCAUCAGAUCAAAUCAUCCUGAGCUCAUACGGGUUCGAAAACAAACACUGAUGUCCGAAAUAAUAGCACAAAAGAAACGCUCUAGUGUUUAAGGACCUUUGAGAAUAAGAAGAAUAACAAGGACUUUAUUGAUCCCCAAAGUUGUCUCACGUAAUAUGUCUAUAAAAGUUAUCUACUAUUUACACAAGAGUUAUAAAGCCUGAUGGCUGUUGGUACAAAAGAUCUUCUAAAUCUUUCUGUCCUGCAGUGAAGAGAGAGGAGCCGUCCACCACCAUUGGCCCUUUGGUCCAUCAAGGUUUUGUGAAGUGGGUGACCCAUGUUCUUGAGAAUAGACUCCACCUUCCUCAGUGUAGAUCUCUCCACCACAUCCUCCACUGAGUCCAGCUUGAGUCCAACCACAGAGCCAGCCUUUUUCACCAGUUUGUUAAGACGUCUUGCAUCUUUGUGUUUGAUGCUUCCUCCCCAGCAGACUGCAGCGUAGAACAGAACACUGUAGACACCACAGACUGAUAAAACAUCUGCAGCAUCUUACUACAGAUGUCUAUUGAUCGGAGUCUUCUCAGGCAAAAGAGGCGGCUCUGCCUCUUUCUGUAGAUGUAGCCUAUAUUCUUAGACCAGUCCAACUUAUUAUCCAACUUUAGGGUCUAUUAUCAACUUUAGGGUCACCAAGGGUGUAAAAAAGGGUGUAAAAACACACUAAGUGACCAUGAUUCUCUGUAAACAUGGUCUAUAUGGUCAGAUGUUCUCUGAAUGGGUCCAUUAGACUCAAAUACACUUUAACGGCAGGUUUGAAAAAUACAUGAUUGUUUUAGGGUGUGGUUUUGUUUACAUUUAAAUGUAACCAAAUCGAAUAUAAACAAACAUCAGGAGAUACACAUACACAGGAGCAAUUCCAUCAUGACAUCAUCAUGACAUCAUCAUGACAUCAUCAUGACAUCAUCAGUAGUGAAUGUAUUUAAGGAGAGCGGCUGUCCAGGGUAGGAUCGUUUGAACCUUUCAGCGAGUGACUGAACUUCAAGAAACAGACAAGCGAAUCUAUUAGCAGCAGAACUCUAAGACUAGAAAUCGUCCAAGACAAUGUUGCGAUCAACCCGACCAAGGUUGACUUGGUCCUUCAACAGAAGGGACAGAGAGAUCGGGGAGCUCCGCAGGAAUGCGAAUCUGCUCGCUCAAGAGCUGAUGAGAGAGAGGGAAACCUGUGAAGAGGAGAGGAACCUAAGACUUCUGCUCUGCCUGAAGAUGGAGGAGACCAAAGACAAGCUGGUCUUACAAAAGAAUCACACGAAAAGGGCUUUUGACAAAUGGAAGGAGACCCAAAAAGAGCUGGACAUGCUAAAAAAGCACAGCUCAGAGGAGACCCUGUCCAAACACAGGAUUGCUCUGAAGGUGAGGGACAAAAGCAAGAGGAUGAAGAGGAAAGAUCUUCAUGAUGAUUACGAGGAGCUAAAGGCGGCACACAGUGAGGAAAUUAAGAAGAUCACUGCACAAGUUGAGGGUAUGACUAAAGACUACAUGGCCCUUUCUGAAGAACUGGGUGAGAUAACCAUCUCAUACCGCGAGCUGAGCUCCCAGUAUAAAAGUCACCUCACUUCUGCGAGACAGCAGGUCGAGACUCUUCAGCGUGAGCAACAAAAUCAGGCUCACCUUCAACAGACCAUCCAGAGUCUGAGAGCUGAAUUGGACGCUGUGCAUCUGAAAAUGACAGAGGAGACUGCUUUUCUGCAGCAGACAGCUUCUGAAACUGAGAAGAGAUACAGGACUGAGCUGGAGGAGCUAAAACAACAGCUCCAAAUCCAGAAAGCCAGUAUGAUGGACUCUGAUGAACUGGUGGAAACUACAGGACCUGCAGAAAUAACAACAUCAAAUACCACCAAACCACCACCCUCUGUCUGGAAGCAAACCAGAUACUUCCUGAGGUCAAGAAAGCUGGAGAAGUGGAAAAAAAACAAUUUCAUUCAAGUUAAAAAGAACUUGAAGUAAAAAAAAAGAAAGAAAAAAAAAAUGAAAAAAAAAAUGAAAAAAAAAGAAAAAGAAAAAAAAAGAAAAAAGAAAAUUAAAAAAAAAUUUAAAAAAAUCCUUGAACAUCUUGUAGAGGCUAUUUUAUAAACUAUAUAUCAUCACAGCUAGUUUUAUUCAUCCUGUCUCUUACUGAGGAAUGUCAGUGUGGAAAAUAAUGCAAUUUGUGUACCUCAGUUUAUUCCUCAUAUUCAUACAGCACCCACUCUUCUCUGGUGUCUCACUUUAACUUGAAAGCUGUCCUGGUGUUGUUCUACAUAACCAUUGGUAAAUAAGGCGGAAAGCGGCUACUUGCUGCUUCUCCAUCAGUUUAAAUUUCUUGACUUGUUAGCAGCUGUUUGCAGAUAAUUCUUGCAUAAAGUUAGUGCAAUGGUAAAGUUGAUUAGAAAUCCUGAGGUGAUGAUGGAAGAAAAAAAAAGUGCUACCAUCAGCAUAAAGAAACCUGCUUUUGUAUUAACAGUUGACUCAGCUGUCUACAGGCUCAACGUAACAAAUUGUGUCAUUCAAAGUUCAACACAACAAAUUGAGUCAUUCAUUACACAUUAAAAUUUAAUAUCACUAUUACUUUUACCGAAGUUUUAGAGGACUUGUUAAUCAGUACUUUUAGUCACCCGAUUAAGUCAAACUUUAGUAUUUUAUUGUAGUUUACACAGGAGAGACAAGACCCCAAACCUAGGCUAAUUAUACAGCAUCUCUUACGUAGUCUGUGUUUUUGUAGUAACUAACAGUCGACUAAGGUCGACUAAAGGUCGUAAUACUCGAUUUAUUUAUUACUACCGCAGAUAUUGUUUCCUGUAGUUCUUGAUACGCAGAAACCAGAAACAUUUCCUUAAUAUAGAGUUCAGGGGAUAUUAUAUCUGCAAUGUAUAAUCAAUAAUGACUUGAUCUUCAUGAGUGAAUAUGACUUGUACAUUUAAAGAGAACUAUUUUUUAAUUUUGGUUCAGCAAUAGACAUUCGUAGACAGGCUGGCGUCUGUAAAGUUCAGUUUAACAGCUGGUCUGUAAUACUAAAAAGUCUUAUUCAACUCAUCAACACAUAUCAGUUCAUGAAUAAUCUAUUACAAAAACAGCUCAAAUCAAUGUGGGAUUAGCUCUUUCUGAAGACCCUUAACUAGAAAAUUCAUGUUUUAUUUGUGGAACAGAAUAAUGAUCCAUGAAAUUAUCAUUUUGUCAUGUGUGAUGUCAUUUAAACUUAUCAACAGUCUGUUUCCUAUGCUGACAUGGACCAACGUAAGGACAGAAAACAGGCUGACACAUUUAUAAGUUUACAUUCACAAAGAUUGAUCUGCAGCACCACAAAACAGGAUUAGAGUCAUUUUUGGUAAUGUUGCUCACUCAUGGUUGACCAGCUGACUGCCAUUUAUUUAUCUGAGAGCAGCAGGCGGCAGAAAGUGACUUUAAGGGACAGAGUGGACGGAGGCAGUGGGGCGAGAGUGAAUAUUAAAAGGUAGAUUGGAUGGUGGAGGAGGCAGAGUGAGUUUGACAGAGUGCCAGAAAAGUCAACGGACCUGAAACUGAAACAAAUGUUGUUAGGUGUGGAGACGCUGUGUGCUGACUGCACUGACAGAAACAUGACAUUCAGCUAUGAUACACACAACCGUGCAGGGGAGCAGGCCAUCAAUCUACCUGUCUGAGGAGCAGAACACUGUCACCUGGUUAUAUUUAGAAAAGCUGUUUGAAUGGACCUUAUCUGUCUGUCUGAAUUCACAAACUGGAGUAUCACAGAGAAGUGGCUCCUGUUAUUGUGAAGGUUGUUCAAUUCCCAAAAGAAAAAAAAGCGAAUAUACUGACUCGAACAUGCAGAUAUACAUCUGAGUAUUAUAACUGUAUCAAAGGGAUGACAGUCAGAGAUUAAUUAAUUAAUGCAUAACAGCAGUGAAGUGGGUGUAGGAUUGUAGAAGAGGAUCGUUAAGGCCAAUACUCUCAUUAGUUUAACUGAUCUGGGUCAAGAGGGUAAAGAAAGUACUUACACACAGCAGAAAGCAAUCAGUCUUGAAAAAACACAGUCACGGUUCACUCACAGGGUCAAAGUGGGCCACUUUCUGAGGUGUUUCUGCAGAAACUCAGACAGCUCGGGACCAAAGAGUAUUUCUGCACGCUGACCUGACUGUGAUUUGGAGACUUUCCUUUCUCUAAUCAUGUUGUAAUUCUGGGCUGUUUUGUAGUUAGAUGUAAAACAUGCAGUAAACAAGAGGAACUAAACAGAAACAGUUUAUUGACAGGAGGUGAAGGAAUGCAGUCGUGCAAAUCUCGUGGAGCAAAUGUAAAAGCGACUUACACACUGUGAGUCACCGACAAUGCCAUCACGCCUGUGCACUUACAUUUGCAUACAAAUACAUGCUAUUGCAUCCAGAGCAGCGUGAUAUUGGUGCCCUAGUGUAUGAGUAGACAUUUCUUUUUAGCAUUUGCAGAAGCUAAAGAGGCUUCAUGUGUAACAACACAGAGACACACACAAGUGGUGGACAGUGUACAGUGUUUUAUAUCAAUACUGGUGUCACAACAUGGUGCCAAGACAUGGAUUUUGCAUUACUGUCAUUACUAGUUUAAACACUCUCUCAGUUUUUUAUGCACACAGUAUAAACGUAAUCCUCACAUGACAAAGAUUUGAUUCUCCAACAUCGAUCUAGGCACAGUGGCGGUUAAACAGGAGUAGUGUCAUGGUGUGAUUUGUGGCUGACAAUAACUAGAGUGCAUCCUGGUCAGAGCAGAGCCACAGCCAGCACACUCGGAGAGCUCUGCCUUCUUUUAGCACUGGAGCAGAAGUCAGUGCUAACAGUGAAGAGCAUCUUUCCCUCCAUGAUUGAUGUGAGAAACUUAUAGUGUAUCUCUCUUUUGAACUUUGCACAAAAAACAAAAACAGUCUAACCCUGAUCUGAUGAACUGAUUUAAACAGCUGAUGGUACCUUCUAGAAAUGCACCGAUCCGAUAUUUAGAUUGGAUAUGGGCUCCGAUAUUGACAAAUUAAGUGGAUUGGAUAGCUGAUGAAUGAUGUCGACCCAGUGUUCUGAUCCAGUCUAUUUUUCUUUUAAGUCAUAUCAUACACAACAAAACAGCGAUUCAGUUCACUCUACAUUUAAUGUCUGUCUAUCCUUUUGCACUAAAUGUUUACAUGAAAGCCUUGCUGUGUGCUAAUGUGCAAUUUGUUAUUUGUCAAUAAAUAAUAUUAAGUAAAUUUAUAUCUGUGUUAGUUUGUUACCUUUUUUUUUUUUAACAAGGCUAAUGUCAAACCUGAUGCCUUAACUCACAGGGCAAGUUAUACAGUUUAUUCAUUCAACAGUAGUAUUGGAUCGGUAUUGGCUAUCCACUGAUACACUCAGCCCGGGUAUCGGUAUCGGAAAAAAAUGGAUUGGCGCAUCUCUAGCACCUAUGUGCACAUAUUGAUUUUUUUUUUUUUCAUUAUGACUCUAAACAGAGAUUUUAUACCCAGUAUCAAUGACAAUUGAUUAUCCCCAGAUUCAUAGAUCACAUUAGAUCAGAAUUGCAGAGGCUGAUCUGUAACCAUCACAGAUCCACUGUGAUCAGAUACACCACUAUAAACCUCUGUUUAAGACCAUGCCUAACUCUUAAAAAACAACUUUAAACACACUUUUGACAAUACUGGAGUUCUUACUUGGAUGUUUCUGCAUCAGUGAAUUGUGUUAUACACAAAUUAUUAUGCAAAUGACUGUGCCAGCUGAAUAGCUAUUCAUAAGAAGAUGCACAGAGCUUAUUUUUGUUUAGGAGGAUGUGACUGAAGAGAGAAAGUGCUGCAGAGCUGUCUGGGGCUGGGGGGAUAUUGUAGCUCACUGUUAAGACUUAAUUUAUUUGGUUAAUUCACUGCACAUGAAAGAUUAAAAGAGGGUGUGCUUCCACAAACUAAGCAAUGAAGCAACAAAUCCAAAACUGGAUUAAACAUGUAAGCAGAAAAUACCAAAACUAAACUCAUAUUUUGAUGUGAUGAGCGGGAUCCAGCAGAAUGCUUCAGUCUCCUUUUACUGACUGCACACAUGCACACUCACAUCCAUGCAUGUUCCUAAGUUUUUGUAUUUAAAAGAGAAUGAUUGCUGAUCGUACUAAAUUGUGAUUCCUCUUUGUGUUUGUUUUUUUUGGUGGGGGUGUGUGUAAGGGCAUUUAUGUGCAUCAGCGUGUGCUCAUUGUCAAAACCUAAUCUAAAAUUUCCUUUCUCAGCAAAAACCAUGGAAAGGAUUAGCUGAAAGAAAAAAACAGCAGCACAAAAUCAUCAUCUUAAUCCAGUGUUCCCCGGAGGAAAAUAAUAGCCCAAUUGUCCUUUCUCUCUGUCUGUGCAGUUUCCCAUUUCUUAUCGCUGUCCUGCACAUUUGGUAACUUUCUUCUUGUUCUUUUAUAUGUUUAACUCAUUAGUUACACUGAUAUUGAGUUUCUCUGUGCAUUGAGCAAAUGAGGACUCUUAAACUCAGAGCUUUUAAUUUCUUUAAUUGAUGAUGCUUAUUAAGAGCCCAGUCGUUCGGGUGUAUGAUUUUAGAGACAUGAUUACAGUAGCUGCUGAAUGAGCCCUAUGCUGUCAGGAUGUGACUGGAUAGUUUGCAGGCAGACAGGAGAGCAGGCAGGUGUGUAUUUGGACAGAAAUAGUCGACCGUGUUACCACAAAUAGCCCCUGUAACGCAUGGCUGGACCCGAGCUGUCUGUUUUGCACACAGAGUCCAUGUUGGUUCACUCCAUCACUGAGUAACAUCCCUUUUGAAACCCCUCUCAGGGCAGCAUCUCUGCCGUUUAGGAGGAGGGAGGUCGAAUGAAAUGGAAUAGAUUAUGUAAAGAUGUUAUUAAUGCAUAAGAAUCAGGCUUUUAAAUCGAAAUGAGGUGGCUCUUUGCACCGUUGUCUCCACUUUAGUUCCAGAUUGAAUAAGGUGUUUGUCCGGCAGUCACUGUUUUGAUUGUUUUGUCCUUUGAAAAUGCAGGAAGAUGCAGCGGAAAUGUUCAGUCAGUAUUACAUAUGUGAGCUUUUACCAGCAACAGACAUUGUUUCAUGAAUUCAUGAAUUUUCUCUGCUCCAAAGUUAAAUAUGAACUAGUUUACCAGAGGAAAUCCGCUGGGAUAGCAAUUUGUGUGUGUUUGUGUUUUAUAUUCUCCUUGUUUGUUAAUGAGUAGACAUUUAUUUAGAAGCUUUUGUAUUAUUCAGAGAGCUGACUGAGAAAAAGGAAGAAACAGAGAGCAGAGAGCGGUGAAGGCUUUCUUAUUUAUAAUCACUAAAACUUCUUGAACAGAGUCCUUCUUUCACAGCAUAUGCUUUUAUACAUUUUAAACAACUUUGGUCAACUAGGUUAAAUCAUCGGAAGUGUCUGAGUGUAAGUUGAACAAGUAGUUUCUUUAAGUCAAUGUAAGUGCUUCACUUCUGCGUUGCAUUGUGAUUCUACUUCGCCUCCAUCUCAGCACCGGUGAUCUGGAUCGAUCAGCAUAGGACAGACUGAGUUAGAGAGAAAGUCAGGCACUGAAAAAUGCUGAAACCUUCAGUUUGUUUUCAGAAUAAUUGCCAGAUCAGUAUUCACUAAAUGACACAAAUCAUUGUGAUAGCAAGGUCUAGAGUCGACUGGUCAGGGGUUUUCAUAGCUCAUCAUAGAUGCAGGAAAAGCAUUCCUGUAGAUGUUUUUUUUUAAAACCUGUAGAAGGUUUUUUAUUUUUUAACUUUACUCAGAAAACUAUUUUAACUUUAAACUUUCAUGAUUACUAUCUGAAAAGUCGAUUUAUGUCUUGAGGAAUGUGCUCCUCAGUUUGCAGCACACAGAGCCCUCAGUGUCACAGGAACAUCUUUCAGACAUCUUAAAAACACAGAGCGACUCCUCUGCUGAGUCGUGCCUGCAGACUGUCAGCGCUGAGUCAGCACACUUCUGUGCGCUCUAACUGUCACUGUCUAUCCUUGUCUCUGUCUCAGGGUCUCAUCUCCCCUCAGCUUCAUGCUGUGAUUUCUCUGCUCCACCUGAUGGGAAAUGCCUUGAGUUUAGCCUCCAUAACUCUUUCUGACUGACUCAAGGCUGCUCUCGUUCUGGUUUGGACUUACUCUCCAUUGUCCUUCGAUGUCUAAUCUCUGUCUCUGUCGUCUGUGCGGCUGCUAUCCUCAAGAUAAAGCUCAGAACUCACACCUGAACAGACACACUUACACAAAUUGAUUGACUUAUCCUGCCUGAGUAGCCUCACAUCCUUGCAGAGUAACUUCACAGUCGGGCACUGACAUCCUCAGGCUGCUCCUUCGUCCGCUUUAGUAAUUGAAUUGUUUGAUCUCGAAUGGGCUUUGUGUAAACACAGGGUCUGUGGGAAGAAAGAGCAUCCUCCUCCUUCUCCUUAUGGCACUCUGGAGUCUCUGGGGUCUUUGAAGUAUGGAGACACACCAGAGCGGAGGAUACUGCUAGGAAAAGGCCAGGCCACCUGUCUGGUCCUGGGUGACAGUGGAGUCGCCGCAUACAAGGAGGAGUGUGUGUGAAGAAAAAAACAUCUAUUUAGUCUGUGAGGUCGGUGAAAAAAAAAGGUUGGUGGAAGCUGGAGAUGAUGCAUGAUAAGAGAGGAAGACAAAGGAGAUGAGUCCAUGAAUGAUGCAUGGCUUCCUCUCUUCAUUAUACCCUUCGGGGCAAUUUGAUUACGCAGGUAAACAUACAAGGCUGUGAGAGUGAGGGAUGAAAUGGGAUAGAGAGACAGAGAGGGAGCGGGUGUGGUGCUUUAGGCAUGAAAAAUGGAUUGGAUUGUCUGCUAAGAGCACAAGAGUAAAGUUUUUGUUUAGAGUGUGUGUGUGUGUGCUGCUGAUAAAGUUGAGAGAGAGCUACAUUAAAAAAGAGGAAACGGAAAUAUGGGAGAAACUCAGCAGGAGGCUCUGCUGAGGAGUUGACAGUAGUUUGGAAAUGCGACUGUUCUCUGUUGCUGCUGUCAGCAUGUUUAUAUUUUACUACUGAAGCUCCAUUUAAAUGGAUAAAAAGACUUUUGUUCUGCUGAUAAAGGGUGGCUUCAAGUCCCUCCAGAGUUUCUGGUCUCCCUCCGCCAGCCACCAUGGCUGAAGUGACUGGGAUUUGAUGGAGUGUGGGAGUAAAGAGUGUAUCUGGAGAGGACUGAUUCGCCAAUGCAUUGCAGUAUUAUUUUCCUGAUUCAGUAUUAAUUCAAACAAUCCUGUAGUUGGUUAUUUCUGUUGGAGUGAAGCUCCACUCCUGUGGUGGCAGUGUGGGUACCACCUAUAGACUGUAUAUGCCAUGGACAACUUGGUUCCACCUUCCGCCACUGUAUGGAUUUGAAGCCAAAAAGCUCUCGGUAAUUCCACGUUUUUUCUCCACUUCCUGAAACCAACAUUGCGCAGUAGCCUUGUACGCCUUUGGAUUCAUGACCUAUACUGCAGCCUGUCACCAGAGGGUGCUGUUCUCAGGGUGGCUUCACCCAGUAAGGAGGCAGGCAGCGUCCAUUCUAUAUACAGUUUAUGCUAACACCGUACUAUGACUUGAGUCCCAAAGAGACCAUUUUUACUGAACAACAGGGAGGCAAUGACUUUGUCAUAUCAUGAUAUUGGCAGAUCAAAGGUCUUUGUGGUUUUGUUGGCGUGAUUACAGUGUUGUGUUUAAGUCACUGUGGAUCACAGCAGAGGUAAAAUGGGACUACAAAGAUCAUCAUACUGUGUACCCAUCAUUCAUUGGGCUCUGGCCACUGCCUCAGAUCCAGCUCAGUGAAAAUAGUAUACACCCGCAUUAGUGGUGAUAGAGAAUUGUAAGGUUUACAUUAUUCACUCUUACAUUUUUGGAGUUGGGAGGAGCUUCAAUUGAGUGCUGAUAUGUACACAGCUCUUCUUCUGUCUUAGGUCUGAGCCUCGACCUUAAAAAAAGAGACAUAAGUCAUGGCCCUGACAAAUGAUACGUGUGAGGGUGUGACACAGUAGGUGUACAUGUGUGUCUGUGUGUUUGUUCCGCCCUGUUCUCCCUCUUUACUGUUGUCAGCACUUGGGCAAUGAGCUCUUUUGUGAAUCUCGAUAAUAAAGUCAUUAAUCACCUUCAUGGUUUGCCACCAACAUGCCACACUGCACACGCUGCAAGAUAUCUCACUCCGACUGUCCCAUGAUGCAACAGCAGACACGGCUCACUGGAGCGUAAUGGGACAGGUCCCAGUCCUGACUGUGUCUGUGUGUGUGUGUGUACUUGCUGAAUACCUGUGUGACCGUACAUGUACAGUCUUUAGGAAUAUGAUAGUGUACAUGGAGGGGCCUUUUAAAUAAAAGACAGUCCAAAGUGGGGAGAGAGAGACAGAGAGAUAUUCAAACAACAGUAUUGAUAUGCAGUAAACGCAGGGUUUCAAGUGUCCUUAUCAACCAUUUGCAGAUUCAUUAGUUCCUGAAAAGCAGAUAUAAUUAACGCUUUACUUCCUCAAAUAGAAGCCUGAAAAUCAAUUGAUUCAGUCAGUAAGCCUACUUUUAUUCAUCGAAUCUAAUCACAGGGUAAGUUUGUGGCAUUGGUGUGUAGACCCAUCUGCAGUGUAGAGUUGUGCAGGAGGGGCUUAUGGGAGUAGGAGCAGCUCCUGAGUUAAUUGGCACAGGUGUUAUCUGUUAGCUGCUGGCAAGAGGAGACUCACACACACACACACACACACACACACACACACAUCCUGUACCCCAAAGCUCUUAAAUGAUGUCUCCCUGUGCUGAGGACCAGUCUAAGGCUGUUAACACUGUUCAGAGGAGAGAGGAUCAGGGAGAGCAGAGGGAAAUUAGAAAGGUGAUCAGACAUAAUACAUGAGAGCAGCUGUCACAGUAGUCUUAUAACUGUGGAUCAGAAUUCAUCUUAACUUCACAACAGCAAGUUAAUAACAGAGACCUUAAAACAGUCACUGAGGGGUGCCCUGAACGAGAUUAGAAACAUACUCUGGUUUCCAAUGAAUCUGUGGUCAGCCUGGGUUUUAAAAAGUGCUGAAGAAAAGGUCAUGAUGAAUAUUUUGAACUAUUUCCUCCUGUAUUUUAUGUUGAGCAUUAUAAUUUUGAUUUGACAUUUGUAUAAAUCAUUCAGUGCGUUAACAUGCACAGCUUAAUCAGACUAAGCUCAUAAUUUUUAUUUUUAUUUUUUCCAAAUCGGACUUUACCUUGUCGGCAUAUACAUGCAGCUGAGAAAAUCAAAUUAUGGACGUGAACGUUUCCUCCUCCCCAAAACUAGGGGGCGAUGUUGUUCUUUUCGGCGGUGCUGUUUCCAGUUGACCCAACAACAUCAGCAAGUCUGUGCCAGACGUCAGAAGUGGCUACAACUGCUGCUGGGCAUUUUCAAGCAAGAAGAUGGAGCAUCGUGCAGCGUUGUUUUUGUCAUACAUGAUGUGCGCGAUACUUUUUCUGCAGAUGAGGUGCACGCUACUCCUCUUCUCUGGUGAUUUUGUUCCGGGGUUACAGGGGCGUGGCACACUCGCACAUGCAUUGUCUGAUCAUACUCCAACUACGCUGGUUACAUGGUAGAGAAAAUCGAAUUCCAAUCGCAUUAUCUGGGUGUCUUAAUCGCCGUUCUCCGACUCCAAUCGGAGUUCUCAAACUCUGAUUAUAGUCGGACCAAGGUUUACAUGCACUUCAGUUAUCCGGUCUUAAUCGGAGCAAGGCUAUAAUCUGAUUUUCUUCAGUGUCAUGUAAAAACUCAGCUCAAAAGAAGGGGGUACAUGCUGGCUGAUAUCCACAAAUAAACUGGUGUUUUAGACAACAAACUUCAAAUUUACUUUUGUGGGACCUCUGGGACUGAUUUAAACUUGAUGAAAAAUGCCAUGAUAGGAGAGCUUUAAGGUAAAAACUCAUCAGGCAAAGUCGCAUGCAGGAGUUUGUUGUAUUAUAAAUUAUACAUUUUGACAGAAAGUCUUUCACAUGUACUGUCAGUGUCAACAGAUAUUAGUGCUUAAUAUAGUUGGUAUCGGUAUCAGCCCUGAAAAACCAAUAACAGUUGAUCCCAUCAAGGACAAAGUGAUCAAACAUUCAGCCACAUUUGGCAACAGUGGCACAAACUGUGAGCAGAACCAGGCGUAUGGUGGUGAGAACUUCCCAAACAAGAGCCUGUGAUAUAUAUUGGAGCCCAAAACCCCCCAAAGAGAUAUUUGUAGAAAAUUUAAUCAGGUGGGUUAUAAGUCCUCCUAUAGGUGGAGAGGGCAUCUGCUUCCUGGAUCCUGAUUGGUGGGUGAUUCAAAAAGAGGGGGGCCUGAUGACUGAUGGCUGACCUCCAAGACUACUUUUAGAGAGUCUGCGAGUGUAGUGGGCUAGGGGGAUAAAGGGGGCACUUUUAGUCCUGCAUAAUACAAUAGUGGCUGACCAUUACGAGCUUCAUUUAAAGUAAAAGAUUAAAAUUUUAAUUUCCGAGCAACAUACUGGAAUAAUGACUCAUUAAGUUUCAUUUUAUAGGCAGUAACUUAUGAGACAUAACCUCCUCUGGUACCACUUUUCAAGGAUAUACUGCUUUUUCAUCUUAUAAAUUAAUCUCAUAUUUUCAGGUGGUUUGCUGAAUACUGUAUGGAAAUAUGCAGAAUCACCUUGGCUCAUUGAAAACUGCAUAAUUCACUUUUUGCCACAUUUUCUGAGUUUGUUUGCGUGCAUGCUUUUAUCAAUAGCUGACUGUGAAUGCAGGGCGGGAGAGAGAAGGUAUGCAGGAAAUAGGGUCAUAAACGGGAGUCGUAAAAUGCAGUGGACGUGGCUGUUAAAUUGUAAGAGUGUGACCCUCUCAGUGUUAUGACAUUUUAAAGAUGAAAAGGUUGCAAAAACUGACCAACCGGAGAAGACGUUUUUAUGCCUUUCUGUCACAUUAUUUUCUCUUCCAUGCAGAAUUCAAGGACACACACAUGCAAAUAAACACACACUGUUCAUACAGUGUGGAAGGUAACAGCAGUACGAAGUGAAGUCAGGAGCUCGGCAGUACGCAUCAUCACACACACUAACUAAUGUGCUGUUAUUUAGCCAUCAAUUCCUCUUAGCUUAUGUCAGCUGGUUUCUCACAGCUCCAUGGUCAUACAUAAGCAAUGAGAGAUCGUCAAUCAACUCACAUUAUGGUCCAUUGAGGAGGAAGCUGAUGGUGACCAGAAUGUAUAUGUAGAGAGCAAAAUGUUUCCUCUCACAAAUUCCUACAAGGAGACCAGCUGAGGAAAAACUGGGCUGAUAUAUAAAUGUAUAUAUUUAUGUUAAAAUGACAGUUUAACCAUUUCUUUUAUUCUGUUCAAUGUUUUCUUUGAGUAAUUCAUCCAGUUUUAUCAUAAAAAAACUUUAAAAAAUGAUUAGUCAGGUGGAAACUGCAGAUUUACAACCUUUUGUAACUAAUUACUUUGAAACCUCUUGAGAUGCUUUUUAUUUACAAACCCAGUAAGAACCCAUUUUCAGUAAUUACACAGCCUAAGAUGAUGUUACUAUUAAAUAAAAUGCUCAAGUAAAACAGGAAGAAGAGAAAUAGAAAAAAAAUAAAGCAGUGGUAUGGUUCAUCUUCUCUGUUUUUCAUACAAAAUCCCUUUGUUCUGUUUCCAAAAGGUUAAAUUGAGCUAAAACAUGAGGCUUAUGAGUUUGCCAGCAUCUACCAUCUGUCACAAAUACGCCAUUGACAAUCAGAGUCUCAGCUAAUCUACUGCUGCUAAAUAUCUGUAUGUUUUCUGAAAGGCAAAUAGCUUCUAGGUUAAAUGUCCACUGAUACUGACUCUCAGCCAGUACGUCAAUUCAGCACCAUCCUGGAGCAGCAGUUGAGCUUUGGAGGUGACGAACAGGGACGUUGUUUUGAUUCCUGUAAUAAGAUAAACUUGGAAAAUAAUCCUUUACAUUCUGCAAUUCUGGAAAAAAAAAUAUUGUGAUAGAUUUUCAAUUUGCAAUGUUUGUUGUAAUGAAAAAAGGGGGUUACAGGAGGGUAAACUCUGUGUAAUGUACACUGGGGUGUUUUUAUGUAUUUUUAUAUGCAAAUAUACAUAAACUAUAACCUAAACACCAUUUUCUAAUUUUUGCUCCACUGAAUUUGCUAACCCUACACGUCUCUCUUUAUUCAGCUAUCGAGUAUUUAUCGUAUCUAGAUAAUAAUUUUAUAGCUCCUCUCUGAACCACUCUGGUUUGUACUCCCAGACUUCUUCCAUUCCAGUUAUUCUUUCUUAAAAAUAACCACCGCUUGAGGCAGCUGUGGUUGUGGUAUUUACCCCCAAGAAGUAAGAGCUUCACAUGAUAAAUGGAGUUGUGUCAGUGGAAGGAUAGCUUCAUACCAAUGGUAAUAAACUUCCUAAAUGGAAGACCUGGCUAUGCCAAAGGCCAGGUUAUUCCAAAGUAAUAGAAAUGUAAAAGCUUCAGAGUAUCUCAUUUAUCUUUGUUCCAUCCACUUAUGCAUGUGUGCUGUAUUGAUUUAGGAGUGCUGUCUUUGCAGAAUUUCUAUGCAUCCUUUAAUGAAAUACUCUUAUUCCUGCUCUCUCCUCCUCCUGGCUUUUUCCGGCUAUAUUGCCCCCACUAUAUUCAAUCUUUGUCUGUCACUAUUGCUCUACUGUUUCCAUUUCCAUGUACUGUAAGCACCUUCUUCCCCAUAGCACCGAACACACACAUGCACAUACUCUGUUUCUUUAUUUGAUUAUUUCUUCAAGCUCUAUCUGCUUUAUUCCCGUGUAAUCCUCCCACACAUUUUCCACACUCCCACCCUCAUAUUUUCUUACUUCUUCACCCUACUUACCAAGUCCAUUUUCCCAGUCCGAUGAUAAAGAGCAGAAAAAUAAAAGCAUGUUUCUGCUUGUUCUUCUCUCUUCUCUCCAGACUUGGACAUUCGCUACUUCUGGAAGUGGAGCGCGUUCGAGGACUACCUGCUGUUCUGCUUCGGCUUCACCGUGCUGUGUGCGGUCAUUACCCUGCUGCUGCUGGACUCGGCUGUGUUUGUGGAGACGCUGGGCUCCCUGGCCGUCAUGUUCGAGGCCAUGCUGGGCCUCCCGCAGCUGCUGCAGAACUUUCAAAACCGCUCCACCAAAGGCAUGAGGUACGGUAGUCUCAAAGGUCAAACAGAGCACCGCAGGAAGCUCAUAAGUUGUUAGGGUAUAUGGACACACAUCAGAACCUAGUACCCACUACUCUCAUUUACCUUAAAGCUCUCCUCGUUUAGACGGCUUCAAUCCGAUACCAUGCGCUAAUGUUUACAGCCUGUGCAGUGUGAUGGCUCAUAGAAGCGCUGUGGUUCAGUCCUACCAAUUUGACCCAGAAUCUGACCCAGAGGGAAAGGCUCCUGAAAAAAAAUCAAACUCUGCGUCUGCAGCAGGAUGUUUCUGAAUGGUUGGUUACAAAUAUUAUGUGUCUUUAUAUUUGUCUUACUUUGUUAGUGGGUUAUGUUACAUUGCUAGGUGGGUUAGCUUAUCUGACGGCUUAGUCUUCGCUGUCUCAUCGUUACCUGGAUCUCUUUUGGAGAAUACCCAAAAUAAGUGGAACGUUAUAGUUAUCUCUCCUGACUUACACCAUUUGGCGUGCGUCCGUCUGUAAUGUCCCCCGCUUUUGCAAAAAGGCGGACGGAAUGAUAGGAUAGGACGGACAAAAUGCUCCAUCCGUCUCCUUUUCCAUCUUCUAGGAGGGAGCUUAUGCGGUUAUGUCGUCAUAACUGCACAGCUUUUCCAUUCGCCUGUUCGCACACAUUUUCAGAAAGGAGGUAAAAGCAAGAGAGGGAGAGAAUGACAUUUUUUCAUGUUGGGGGGGGGGGGGUGUCAACCACCCAAAAGUGGGUUUUUCAUACUAGAAGACCUUUAAUGAGCCGGGAGUAUAAGUUAUUUUGAUUCUCAUGAGCAAAACAUGCUAACAUGAUUUAUAAUCAUUUGGAACUGCAGAGAAAAAACAGCGAGUCAAGCUUUUGGAGUAUUUCAGGAACUGAUUGUGAAUAAUUAGCAGAGAAUUGUUUAUCUGGUUCAUUGACAAAGAUAAAUGCUGAACCAGGAUGCACUGAUUUAGCUUAAAUAAGAUUAAUUUUGUUGUGCAGUACUUCCUGUAUGAGAUGUAUUAGCUGCAAAAAUGGAGGUACAAUAAAACUUACUGGCCUUUAGAAUCAAUACACCUGCUGACGCAAAUACUUAGGAUAGUGUCACUGCAUGUGGCAUUUAAGAUAUCUACUGAAGAUUCAGACUGCACCUAUGGUUGACUCAAGGUCAUGUAAAAUGGAGGAGGAGAAAGAGGACGAAGGAGGCUGAGUUUGCAUAUAAACGUCCUCCUUAUGUUAUGAGCUGCAGUUAAAGUGAGCAGAGGUCAGUCUGUAAACCAGUUAGCCUCUCAGGUAAAAGACUCUGAGAUCAAUUACUCCUCUAAUGGCACAGAACCUCCAGCUAAUUAUCAUCAUUAUUUCCUCAUUAUGUCUCUUGUCCAUCAUCAGUGCACAAAGCAUAGAUACUGUAUGUGUCUGUGUGAGUGUGUGUAUGUGAGUGUGUAAGAGAGAGAGUGUAGUUUUGUCUGAUACUUUGCCACUCAUCUCUGAAAAUAAGCCUCCAGAGAUAGAGCUGUAGAUUCUGACUCUCCUCCCAGCAUGUCAUUAGUUUUUCGGCUGAUAUUCAGUGAUGUUAAAGUCGGACGGAUGUUUACAGAGCUGCUUUCACACAUAUGCUUUACUCCUGAAAAUGUUCUGUUGGGGCGAGUCUUUUAUUUUCCUUUCCGCUAUUUCAGACUUGACUUUUUCCUGCCCUAUUUGAUAAAAGGUCUGUUUGCAGACUGAUGGCAACAGUUAAUUCAAAGUAGCUCAACAGAGUGAUUUGAAACAGAUCGCAACGUUGAUUAAACUCAUGUCCUCUGUCUGUCCUGCACUGGCACAAAACCACCUCCUCCUUGUGUCAAAGCAGCUGUCAGUAUUUAUGAUGAAAGUGAGUUGCGGUGCCGGAUCAGGUGAACUUGUUUUCUCUCCUCUCUUGGUUUGAUGUCUGCAAAUAAAAGCACCCUAAGUGUGUGUGCUGGAUUGUUGUGUAUCUCUCUGGUUCUGUUUGAGGCUUUAACAUUGGCUGAAAUGGAUUGACUCAGUCUGACUGGAGCCCAGAGCAGCAGGGAUUUGCAUCUCCAUUAGAGCUGAACUUUCUCUCUUGCCUCUUGUCUCUUUACUUCUUCAUGUAGGUGUCAGGGGGCUGAAAACCCUGUGUGAUUGAAGUGGGCGGGAGAUUUGAUUUGAAAGCAAAAAAAGACUUUAACGAUCCAAAUUAAAAGUAGUAAGAAUAAUUGUGUCAUUGAAUUUUAAAUAGCUUUUAACACUUAUACUGCACUGCAUUCAUCUGGUAAAAAUAUUUGAAUUCUUCAGUAUUAUGGUUCAUGCACAGUGCAGCCUUGUUUGUGGAAAGAAGGAGGGUCAAUGAACAUACAGUAGGCCUAUAUGCAUGUGCAUAAACCAUUUCACUUACCACCAAAAGCAAAACAGAAUUUACCGUGCUGUAAAUCUGAACUGCUACACCUGCAGUUAAGAGGUCUUGUUCUUAAAGGGCUCUUUUUUCGUGUUCGCCGGUGACGCGUCGGAGGGUGGCAGACCCCGCGCAGUGGUAUUUUCAUCUGCCGGAGCCCAGCAUACAGCCAGUUUGGUAUUUUCGUGGACUGGAGGUGUCGACAGAAUCAGCUGUAGACCACCCGGACAAGAGCUAAAAAAGCCGGGUCAACAAUGACGGGGGAUGCUUUGGGAUCUUACAGACCCUGUAACCUUUCUGUUGGACAGGUAAAUCGCUUUAACAAAGUCAGCCAAGUGUUUGUAACAGAAGUGUUUCUUUUCAAACGGGACCUGCUGCGUGUUGUAGGGCCGCUAAACUGUUUACCUCGGGUCCUGGAGUAUGUUACUUUAUCCUAGAUGUAGAAGUCCUGCAAACAUUGUGUUUGCUGGUAGUCUGUUGGCAUCUACAGUAGCACCAAUGCUUUUUACUUUCACGUUGACUGGGCCCCAUUUGUAAUUAGCUGAAGUAUUUAUCUGCAUUAUAUCUGAAUUUAAUUGGAACGAUACAAGCGAGCAGGAGCGUCUGUUUGUGGGCGGGGUUUGCUGGAGCAGAGAGGGGAAAGGAGGAGCUGAGGGGAAAACUGGUUGGGAGGGGUAGUGUUUACAUUCAAGAUUUCUCCCCAAAACUGGCACUUCCUCAGAUCCUGCCUAUCCCACCUUUAAGUGGUAGUCAUGCAAAAAGUCCAUAAUUGCAGUCAAUGUAUCAUGAUAUCAUCGAUAUUAUGGGCCAAGUAUGAUCUUAUUGUAGAUGGUAUUGUCUUGUAACAUUAGUUAUUGCGUCACAUCUUAUCCCAUUGUUUCAUGUCGUUUUAUAUCGAAUUAGUUUUUGUCAUAUUGUUUAGUAUCUUAGGUUUCGUAUCCUACUGCAUUAGUUUGUAUUAUAUUGUUUCAUUUCAUAUCGUUUCUCCUUCAUAUUAUAUUGUUUUGUAAUGUGUUGUUUUGUGUUGCAUCGCAGCGUGUCUUUUGGUUAGUAUCCUAGAGUAACCGUAUCAUAUCAUAUGCCAUUCCCAGCACUGUUGAAGACUUGUUAAAAUGUUUACACUUUACCUUGGGUGUGUUGAAGAAAUCUUGAGAAAUCCCUCUCUAUCCAUGUUCUCGUAUUAUUAAUCCCCAAGGGCUUUAGAUGAAGUCUUUUUAAAAGGAAAUCCAAAGAGGAGGUAAGAAGGUCUGUGCUUCAUGAAGAUGGUUAGCAUAUUUUACUCUCUACUAAAAAAUUGACUGUUUUUUCACAAACUGUAUAAAAUGCAGACGUUGUUCUUCACCUCAUCUUCCUCUUCCGUGCUUUCUCCUCGUCAGCACUGUCACGUAGCUUUUAUGCUGAAAAUACAUGCAAGGAGAGUCAGUCAAGCCUGCACACAUUUUGCCCCAUGCUGCACAUACAUCCCUCAACAUGAGAAAUAAGCUCUGAAAGUACUUAUAUUUUAAAGCCUAAGAGUAAUGUGAAAGACUACUUUGUUUCUGCAGUAGACUUCAUGUAUUGUUUUAAUGGCACAGCAAUUAUUCUGGUUAAUGUGCUCCAUUUCACAUAACUCGUCCUCGGGGUUUACAUCUGGACCUGUACUUUCUAUGAGAACUCAUUCAACUCUGAGCUGAAAUCGUGCCAAAGGUUCAAUAUGCAGCAAAAAGAGAGACUGGGCUUAAAUCUAAUGGAAAAUAGCUCCUAAUUCUUCAUGAUUCUGUCUAAAUAAUACAUUCAUUUCCACAUGAUUAUUUUCUUCAUGUUGCAGCCUAGUGGUAUGACUGACCCUGCUGGUUAUACCUGCACAUUCAGCACUUCUGUCCCUGUUACAUUUUUCAGAUCUUUUGACCCUCAUUAUGUCUCCUUAAAGGUUCACUCAUUGUUCAGUUAAUCCAGAACAAACUGUUUUGCAGAUGUGAUGAUGCAGCAGCACAUGCUUUGCCCUUCCUCACGUGUCCUCCCAGGGUGAUACAGUCACUUGGUGUUGUCAUGCCAGAGUCCCUCAAGGCUCAUUACUGAGCUGUGAUGGUGAUAGUAUGGAUCCUUUUUAUAUCAGACUGCUUACCUGUCCAAGACCAUUAUUCUGCUAUUCAGGGAAACAUAAAAAGACAGUUAGAGAAAGAGACCAGGGGACAGAGUAGACUGUGAAAUCAACCCUGAUCUGAACUUUAAACCCAACAGCUUUUAUGUGGAGAAGAUUUUUUAUAAUCGUUAAUCAAGCAAUCAAUCAAGCUUUAUUAUGAAGAACAUGUUAUAGAAACUAAAUGGUAUGCAAAGUACUUUACCGAGAUUGAAAAAAAAUCAAAACAUGAUAGUCAUUAAGAACAGAAAUUAAUUUAGAGGCACACACUAAUGAAAUGUUCAAACUGAACACAACUAAAAUCAUCCGCGUGAGUGAAUUACAUGAAAAGUCAGCGUAAAGUUGCUUCUUUGCAAGCUCUUGUUGGCUGAUACAGAUGAGUUAAGCAAACACACACAAAAAUGCAAGUUUGUGUCUCAUUAAAUGUGAUACUCACUUCCUUUGCUUUAUUCAUGUGAAUUAAGAAAGUACAUACACAAUAUUCAGGUGUCCACAUACAUGUGAGUAACUUACUUUACUCACAAUUGUUGUAAACAUGCCAUAAAUGCAAUAAAAUAUGUUAUUAAAGAAUGAAAACAGAGUUAAGAUGAGUUAAAGCACUGAAUAAUGUAAUAAAAUAAAAAUAAUUCAGAUUAAUCACAGGGUUGCUGUGGAUUAAUUUAGAUUCAUCACUAUUAAAUAUGAGUAAUUUUUAAUCUAUAUUUAUUCUGUUUUAUUUUGCAUGAGCAAAUUUUGCUAGCCAAAGUGCUAGCCAAAUUCCUGAUUAAAGUAUGCUUCAUGUUUAUGAGGUAUUUUGGACUGGAAGUGCUUCAGUGGAAGGGAAAACUCCUGCCUGCAGAGUAAGAUAAUACUUUGGGCUCUAUUUUCGUGCCCGCCAGCGGUGCGGCAAAGUGUGGCACACCCUGCGCAGUGGUAUUUUCGUCUGUUGGAGCCCGGCACACAGCCGGUUUGGUCUUUUUGUAGUUUGAGGUGCACCGAGGUCCACUAAGCUGGGCUUGGUGGUGCAGAAAAGGGGAGAUUUGGACAGAAUCAGCCGGUACAGUGACAUUGUCAUGCCUGGCGGCGGCAUGGAUAAUGCACUGAAAGCUUGCCGAUUCAAACCUGGUCAGCUUUCAGUGCAGGCAGAGCACAGCUGGUCUAGCGGUAUUUUGGUAGAGUGUAAUACCAAAAAUACCAAAAUGUUCCUUGGCGGGGGACCUGACUUACGCCGCACUUACACCACGCCACCAGCGAGGCAUAAAAAUAGAGCACUUAUGUCAGUCGACUGUUUGGUCAUGGUUUUUCAGAUUUCCCAUCGAAAGGGCCAAUGUGCUGUUUAGCGUCUUCCAUAAUGAAUUGUUUAGAGCCAGUCACGACUGGAUCAACUGCCCAUUUGCACAUGUGUGAUGGUAAAACUACUUGGACAAACUGCCCAAAAAAUAUGUUGGACAAAAUACGUUGCCAGAGACGUUUCAGGGAUUUUGAGCCAUUCUGCACUUAAUUAGAUUAAUCAUUAUGAUGAAUUAAUUUGUGGUAACGUGUUUAUCUUGACAGCAUCUGGUUUAAAUAUAGAACAAUAUCAAAACAGAAACAUUAAAAGUUAAAUUGAACCACAUAUUAAAUAAAAGCUAGUCAGAAUAGAUCUGUAUAAGGUUUUUCAAAAUAGCUUCUAUAAGCAAAUAUCGAACCUUACGUAUAAAUGUUCAGAUUUGUAAGAGUUUGUCAAUCUUCGACAAUCGAGGUCUAUUUCUGAGCCUUUAGAAAGGGGCCUGCUGUAUAAAAGAUAGGAAGAUAUGAACAGCUAUUACUGUGCUGCUGGUCCAUAAUCCUCUGCUGCCGCUGCUUUACAUGGUCAAGCCGGAUAGUUCAUCACUUUUGACGAGUAACAUGGCUGAUUUUCACAACAACACACAGUCUUCGUCUCUCAUUUUUUCAUCUCCAUUAUAAAACAGCUUUAAUAACUUUAUGGACUCACAGCCCCCAUAGCCAACUACCAUAAAGGAACAUUGUUGGAAAAACUUAAAUUAUGUAGAAUUCAAGAGGCUGUUGGGUCAAAGAAAAAUGUGUUUGCAGCUAUUCAUUAAAAACUUACUUCACAGAGAUGCAAACGUCUGGUCACUGAGUGUCUGGGUCACCCUACCAGGCACAAGAAAGUACAUUUUCCCCCAGUGGAAGCUACAAUUGAAUGUUGAAAUAUCAAACGAAUAACAGUGUCUUUCUAGAUGAGGGAUUUCUCUGUGCAGCAGCUCCGGGAGCCCGCCUGUUUCCUCCUCCCACUCAUUAAACUUUAUCUAUUUUCCUCCUCUCCAGUACUUGUCUCACAGCUCUGCAGAAAAGCAGUCGACCUUCACAAUGUCACUCACUGUGGAGGAGACUGGAGUGCAGGAAAUCUGUAUCUCUCUCUGAAUGAAGACUGUGUAGACAAGGACAGUUCAGCUUCCUUUUUCGAUGGAUACUUAUCUCUGUCACGUCCUUUUCUUUGACAGUUUGACAGCUUUCCUUUUUCCUGUCCAUCUCAGUAUGUUUCUGUUUCCACAUUGUCAUGAUUGUUUAAAGGUACCUAUUCAACUGUGCUCUGAUAAAAAAGACUAGUUUCUUGAACAAGAACAGACAGAUGCCUUGUAACUGCUGGUUUGCUGCCUGUUUAGCUCCUUCUUCCCUCUAUAUGUUUCACUGUCUCUGUCACGCCUUGCAGCUUCCAGUUUGUUUCUUGCUCUUAGCUCUGGGUAACACCCUUCAAGCGUUAAUGGUGUUCCUAUCAUCCCGACCCUUCAGUAGCAGCCUAAUGGGGGUUUCACUUUUCUCCUGAGGCAACCAUUAACUGGAGCCCAAUUCAGGCCGAGCGGCAGCACCUUCUCAAGUCUGGCUCUGCAGGAUGCAACGCAGACACUGAGAUGACCUCUUAGCAUUUUGUGACACUCGGACCAGAGUUGUGUGUCUGAAGGGAGUAAAGUGAGAAGGUGUGUGAAGACAGAGAGUAAAUACAUCUGUGAAUUUGUGUAAAGACAGUUGUCAUCUCCCCUUGUGGUUGUUCUGUGAAGGAGUCUGAAUAGCAAGCCUGAGCUUGUAUAGAUGACACAAUCUCAGGGUUUUUUUUAAUUUGUGAUCCCACCUCUACAAAAAGGUUUAGAGGCUGUAUAAACUAUUGAUAAAACACACUUUAGGGUUUACCAAUCAUCUUAACCCUUUAUUAAAUUAGAUAAAGUGCAAGGACAACUAAUGGGGGUUGAAUUUGAGCUGCAGGAAUCAAACCUAGAUAAGCAUAUUUUUCCCCUAAAACCAAUAAUGGUACAAGUUUGGACAUUUGUCUUGCAUGUCUUGUUGUCUUGUAUUUUCACUAUUGGCUUUUCUGUCCCGACUUUCUUGGCAUUGAGGUUGUAAACUAUUUGGACCAUAUAUUGUGAGCCACACUUGUGAUGUUCUUUUACUGAGGAUCUAUCACAAAACAAACCAGGUAGUUGGGUCCACCAAACUUCUGUUUUACAGGUUUUGCUCCAGGUCUUAAGAGGAGAUUGCUUCAUAAAAGUUAUUUGUAGUGCUUUUCAUUUCUACCUCUGUACUACCAAGGUUACUUUGUUUCUUGUUUGGAUGCACUUUUAUUUUUUAAGUAUACCUCAAGUACACUCUCUGAAUCACAAAGUCCAAGGGGGAAUAUAGUAACUAGUAAAAGAACUAUCACUAACUGAAUGUUUUCGAUCACUCUGUGCCUUCUGGGAAGCACCAGUUCUAGUGCUGUUGAAAGGUUGUCUUUUGUUGUCUGUUAUGUCUCUCUUUUUCUCACACUACUUGUGACUUGUACACAAAGACCACAGAGUGGAUAAACAAUCUUGUCUUUCAGCAGAUGAUUGUAAUCUUGAAAGAUUUAGAGAAAGAGAAAUAAUUGGUAGGUCUGCAAAUAUAUUUAUGCUCAGGAAUAGUCUGUGUGUGUGGGAAAUUUAUCACCCAGUGCUGCUGCCAUGUCUGUACAACUUUAUGCAGCCACAAUGUCUCAAUCUUUUUUCAUUUCUCUAAUUUGAAUCGUUCUUUUUGAGCGACAAUGUUUGACUGGCUCAGUCAAUACAGUUGUUUUUUGUGUCUUUUUUCGGUACCCUGACUUUAGCGCAAACAUACACUGUCUUUGAAUGAGUAGUCUUUUUUUAUGUUUGGUUAUCACAAGAGAGGCUUAGAAAACUCAUGAAUAGAACCACUUGGUUUAAGAAGUCUGCAUAAAAAGGGUCAGAAAUUAAGCAACUACAACUUCAAAGAGUGAGGAGCCAAAAAAAAAGCAAAAUGCAGCUCUUAAAUCUACGUCCACGGAUGACAGCAUUUCUAAAGCCCUGUCUAAAAAGCUGGGGGUGAUAAAAGUGCAGGAAGUUAACAGGAAGCUUCAUUAAGGAGAUGGUACCACUGGGGUAGAGCCAGGUCUCAAAAGCCAUAAUAAAUCCAGACAACUUGUAAAAAUAUAAAGUAUUUUCAGUAACAAACUUAGAGAACAGCUAAAGGUGAUGAGAAGGACCAAAGUUUUCAGGGUAGUCGCUGAUAAAUUUAGGUUUUAAAGCAUUGUUUGUCAGUAUUUUGAUCUAGGAAAUUCAAUCAUUCAAUCAAACUUUAUUUAUAUAGCACCAAAUCACAUCAGUUGUUAUCCCAAGAUGCUUUCCAAAGAAGAAUAGUAGGUCUAGACCACGCUCAUUGUUUGAUGAAUUAUCGAGGCCCAACCUUGAGAUGGAACUGAUUAUUAUAGACGAUUGAGAUAUAGUUGAAAGUAGGCUGGAUCUGAUUAAACUUGAUAAGUCAGAUGUGUUUACAGCACACACAUGUGGACAUGAGUUGUGUUAGAGGACCGAAUGCAGGUAGUACUAUCUCAGCUGGCUUUGGCCACACUCGGCAAGCCACUGGACAUUAUUAACACACAGUGUGAUCUUGUGUUCAGUAAAUCAUGCUCAAUUUGACCUUUUAAUCCAUGUAUUUUCCUAUCUUUCGCAGCUUACCAGUCAGUUAACCAAUAAUCAAAAUAAGUUACUUUGAAACGUUCCUAUUCAUUACACUAAUCGCUGGUUUACAGCAGAAUGAGAUUUCUGCUCCAUAUGUGCACACUCAAGUGUCAGUAUCAUUCAGUCUUAAUCAUCUUUCAGUCAGAUAUGACUGUGCUUGUACCCUAUUUCACAUUAGUAAUGCUCAAAGGGAUAUUCCAGCGUAAAGUUAAGUUAGGGGUCAAACACACUGUAACACUGAGUUAGACACCCUCUUGAGAGAUGAAUGUUGUCGACCACUUGCUCCUCUAGUUAUACCAACUUUAGUAACGACCGCACGAUAGCAAUACACAGCGGUCUGAGGAGCCAUAAACAAACCUCAACCAAAAAGCCACUCUAUAGCCACAAAUAAUGCUCAGAACAGCACCUAACUUCAUCAACAGUACAUACAGGGUCUCAGCCAUAGUACUAGCCAUCAAACAUCUUUUUAGCUUUACCUGAUUUCUUUAGCAAAGAGACUAAACACAACUCACCUACUUUCUUCCAGCAGCCACUCGAUGAUCUGACAAGUCAAUCACCGAAGAACAUUUAUGAUCAUUGCUUCAUGGAAAUGCAAUCAGACCGAGACACUAAGGCAGAAGAACUACUGAGUCUGCAGUGCCAAAUGGUUAAUAUGCUGAUUACUACUUCAAGAAAAUGAUAAUGGUUAUGGUCAUAAAUGUUCUUCCUUGAGCUGCGUCAUCCUGCUGCACUCAGUGAUGGACUCGUCCAAGCUCUUCCUACAAACCAUAGACCGCUGUGUAUUGCUAUCAUGCGGUCGUUUCUAAAGUUGUUAUAACUAGAGAAGCAAGCGGUCAGCAACAUUCAUCUCUCAAGAGGGUGUCUAACUCAGUGUUACGGUGUGUUUGACCCUGACUUAAUUUUACGCUGGAAUAUCUCUUUAAGUUCAGUCAGAACCACUUUGGCCAAAAAGAAUACUAAAAUAAAAUUGGUGGUAUGACUGUUCUGACAGCGCCCUGCUUUCCCACAUGCAAACCCACACAAAAGAUGUCAAAGUCUGAGAUGGGGAGAGCACACCUCCUCUCUGUUUCACGAGACAUGAAAAGCUUAGGCAGAGAGAGCAACAGCAAGACACUUUCUAGAAUGGUGCUUUAAUACAACACCUGUUUUGACAUCUGUAAUUGUAGGGCUGUCAGCUGAUAGGGGCUGACUUUAGGGGAAAAAAAUGGGCAAAAGCAAUCCAAUAAAUCUGAUUCUUUAAAGCUCCUGCAAUGAGCGGGAUGAGCGGGAAAAAAAUGAAAAAAAAAACGUGCACCUACAUCUCAGGACAACUCUUCAGACACUUAAAUCAACACUGCUGUUAAAAUAACAAGAUGGUGUUUAGUGUUAUUGGUGCAUGAGUAACCUAGUGUUUUGGUUAAAAAAAAAAAAAAACCUGAACUCUACAACCCACAGUCCAGGUGUUUUGGAGAUCAUACAAACACACAGUAGCUGAGCAAGCUGCCUCCUCAGGAGAAUUAAAGUGGAAUAAUACAUUAAACACCCUGAAGUCAAGGCAGCUCUGCAGAUUCACUCCAUGUGCUUUAUAUUCUCUGCAGGUAACAGGAGCAGAACAAUAACAGAGAGAAAAUAUUUAAAAGGAAUGAACUUUAGUCUCUGUGUUGAUAAAUAUCCACUAUAUUUGUUCCAAAGACUAAUUAGUUCCAGUUUGCCAAUUAGUUUGCUGUCUCUGAUGUUCCCAGCUUCAUUUCUAAGAGUACAUUCAGGAGAUAUUUCCUAACAUUGCAUCAUUAUCUUUUUAGUCACUGCCCUUACUUCAGUGAGUCCUGAACGGUGUAUGUAUGCCCUUGCUGUUUGUGUGUCUGUAUAUUCAGACACUAAUGUAGAUGCUGAGUUUUUAAAAAGAUAUAAAAAGAAAAAUAACUGGCUAUAAGACACCGUCUGACUGCACUCUGAAGAACAGCUCGGCCCGAAAUGCUCCUGGUGGGAACCUUAAGUGUGUCAUAACUCAGCAGGUUUGAUUUCCUGUCUGUUUAUUAAAACACCUGAAAGAAAAUUGUAAAGCCUCACAGAAUAUGUUUUAUUCUGUUUUCAUAAGUAUCCUCAACUGACUGAUUCAGGCUGCAAAGCUAUGACAAAUUGAGCGUUGUUUCAGAAAACAUGAGAUUAAAGAUGCAAUAAAUCAGGUGAAAAUGCUGAACAGGCAAACUCAUCUACUCUGACUUGUUUACAUUCUCUGAAAAAAUGUCCAAACUAUCCUCAGGCAAACUCUGUGUGAUUCUCACCCCCUCUCUGCCUCGUUUGGUGGAGCAGAAUCCAUCUUUUCCUGGCAGGUUGGGAACUUUUCGUUGUUUGCCUGUGUGCAAUCGAUCAACAUGCAUAAUUCAUAGUUAGUGGGCUAAGAGCGGCUCGGCUCCUCUCUCUGCUGGGGCCUUUGAUUUUCGACUCUCUGCUGGCACCCCCACCCCUUUGGGAAAGCUGCAGCCGUGCUGCUAAAUCACCUCACACACACACCAUCAUGUGUGGGCGCACAUGUGUGUAUGCAAAGAUGCAAAAAAGUGUGGACAUACAUCAUGCCAAUGCACGUAUGCAUGGCUGCACUAAAAAGGUGAUGAAGAGGUGAUUGAAGCUCUUUGAAGCCUUAAACAUGAGCCCCUGCAGCUCUAGUGUGGCUCUUUCCCAGAGUUGUGUGUUAGUAUUAUCAAGCACUUAAAGGAUGGCCUAACCCCCCUCUGGAGACUCUUUAAGUCUCUUAAACUAAGUGUGAUCCCCCACUCAAAGCCUGAACUAGAUUUAAUUUGUGAUCAGCUGCCUACUUAUCUCCACAGUAAUAGUGGGGAAUGGGUUUUGAGUCCACUAAGAUUCUUUAGGUCACAAAAUGUUCUCAGUCAUGAAGAACAAAGACAAAUCCAUCCACACAAUACUCUGCCAGUCUAAGAUGGAAAGAUUCAGUUCUUUCCAGUGAUAGAGAGUCACUUCAUCUGGACUGCAGUCACUUCAUUGACAUAUGUGGUGUUUCAGUUUUUAAUAUCUUAAUUAUUAAUGCUGGUUCAUUUUGUAUCAAAAGCUGCACCUAGCAAUUAUUUUUUUUUUUUGUUGAUUAAUCCACCAAAUAUUUUUUUUUUCAAUUAGUUGACUAAUCUGAUUAAUUUAUCGAUUAGUCUAGCGAUUAUUUUUUAUUAACCAAUUAAAAUAACAGUGAAUGUAACCAAAAUAAAAAUAAAAAAACUUGUCUUAUUAGUAGUCAAUGAUUUAUUCACGAAUCUCUUGAAAUCAAGCAAAAUUAAAAAGAGAGAUGCCUGAUUGCUAUGCAGUGUUUGAUUUUUGAUAUUAAACACAUUUCCAGGUCAGGAAUACAGACCUGACUGUGGCCUGUUAUCAUGAGCUCUUACCUUUGUGUGUGUCUCUCUUUGUGAAUAUUUGUGCCAUAACAUUUUUUUCUUUUUUUUUUUUUUAAAUUUUCUUUAUGGGAGUUGGAACAUUGAAAGUUAGUGUUAUUACCUCUGCUGAGCUCCUGUGCAGGCAACAAAAUUUACAAUUUAUAAUUCAUAAAUCCUUUUGCAAAUACUGUUAAUUGCUUUUGUAGGUCAUAACCAGGCCUCAUUGUUUAUUUGAGUCUGUUUCGAAAGGAAAAAAAAAGUCAUUGCAGGAGCUUUAAAGGAUCAGAUUUAUUGGAUUGCUAUUGCCCAUGGCAUCAACAAGACACCCUCUGCUCUCCACAGGAGAACCUUCACGACGGCUUCUGAUCUAAUGAGACUGCUAAUCAUCUGGUUGAGACUUAAUGUUAUGCAACAAGAAAUUAUCAUUGCUCUGCUGGUAAUCACUAAUAAUUAAGCUUGGUAGUGUGAUUCGUAGCUUCAGAGCUUAAACUCAUUGUUAUGCAGCAGAGCACAGUGUAGUUCUGGAAAGUGUGUCAGCAAUGCUUAAUAAAUUUAUGCAUGAUGUUGACCAUUAUUCUGAGUGUUUCCUUUCCUUGAGUCCAGUCGAUUAGUCUGAACUUGAAUGUUUGUUUGAUCAAUUUGGAAAUACGGGAAUCAUCCAAGUAUGGAUUCAAACUUGUGUGCAGAAGUUUAGAAAGUUUUAGAAAAGAAGUUUAGAAAGUUUUUGUCUGCGAAAAACUUUCUGCUAUCCCUCUCUCCAGCUGGAUAUUCAUUCAUCCCAAUAUCAGUCAGAGCAUCCAUCUAUUCGUCAAUCCAUCCUGCGGUUCUCUGGCAGUGGACAGAGUGAAAGAUGGCAAAGGGGGUUGGGACAAGACGAUAAUCAGACUGCAGAUGAUGGAAAUUGAGGCAGAGUAGACAAGGAGAGUAGAGGGUGAAGAUUUAAGAGAAUGUAGUGAAUGAGGGAUGAAUACUUGAACAGAAGCAGACAGGUAAGCAGAUAAACCUGCAGAGAUAGGGGGCUUGGGGAGGUGAAGGCGCUGGGCAAUUUACAGGGAGGUCAAGAGAUGCACGGUGGACACAGAAAAGGCAAAACAAGAGCUGUUUCCCAAUGAAAUAAACCUGCUGCAAUAAAUCAAGCUCCUGUUUACCCUCUGAUCCUUAUAAAAGUUUAACAUGGUCACAGUAAUUCAUUAGAUGGACCUGCUCGAGCACAUUUGUCCCCAGACAUUAGUGUUCAAAUCAAGGGAUUCGAUGCCUAUACUGAGGAACAUGAGUGGGAGGGGGGGCAAGGCUUAGUGAAGCAACUAUGUGUUGUGUUGAGAUGCAACUUUUAAGUAGGAUAUUGAACCAACUGUGAGAGGAUUUUUAAAGUUUUGAAUACAACUGGAAAAAAGUAGGAUUGUCUUGUAUUUUGAGGUGAUGUGGUUGACCUCUGUUGUUUUUGUCACAUGUCAAUUAUUGUGUUGACAGUAUCAGCUCUAAAAGAAAUCAUUAUAAUGUACAAACUUAGUGUAAAAUCCACUUUUUCCAGAAGUGCGAGUACAUGCCAUGAUUAAAGGCUGAUCCAGUAGAUGUAGGGUGUCCUGAAAAUGAAGUCUUUUCCCAUAUCCUUUUGUUGAUUUUAUCAUCAGUUCUUCUGAGCACAAAUGAUAAAACUGCAUCCAACAAUAUGAGAGACUGUUGUGUGAUGUUUAGAUAAGGUACCAGAGUGCUGGUAGCUCUAAUGUGUCGACCCAAAUAUAAAGUCUAAUGGGGCGCUCACACCAAGCACGAGUAAAAUCAUUUACUCGCUUCAUUCGCUUGUCAACGGUAAUUUCAACAGCAAUCUCUGCCAAUUCAACCAGUGUGGUCAAGUGAUAAACAAGAGUUUUUUACAAUUUACCAGGUUAUCCGACCUCCCUACUCACUUGCCUCCAGGUUAGCGCCUUUUUACUCCAAUUUCGGUAAUAGAAAGAAAAGGUAUCAUAUAAUUCGGGGCACCCACACACUGACACAAUCAAUUUGUCCUCCAUUUUAGAUACCAGUGAACAACCGUCCGUUUUAUAUGUCAUCCAGCAAGUUAGACUCAGCAUUUCCAGUCAGUGCCUGCCAGCAUCUCUUCAGAAGGCAGAGGGGACAUCAUGAAGACUACAUCAGUGUUUCAGGACAGGUUUUAGGAUAGCAGGAGGGUGACCAAACAUCCUCUUUUACACGGAUAUAUCCUCUUUUUGGGGGGCUGUCUGACCUCGUCCGGCUAUGUCCGGGGAAGUUUAUAAAAUCCUUCAAAUGUCGGGGGUUUUGUAUGGAAGUUUCAUGUUUGUGUCGUGUAGACUUACUGAGUUAGAAGCGCGUAAAAAAAAAACAUUCGAUCUGACCCAAAAAACUCUCAAAAUUAACUACACGCGACUACGAGAUUCAGAAUAUGGUCACCCUAGAUAGCAGAGCACACCGGGGGUCCGUUUCACGUAGGUGGUUCAACAAACUCUGAGUUAAAUCCUUAACUCUGAGUUGAUCUACUCUGAGUUAGGAAACUCUGAGUUUCCGGUUUCACAACACCUGAUUUGAGACGGUUUUAACAACUCCGAGUAGUUUGACCUGGAGUUAAGCACGUGCACGCCAGACAUAAACAGCCAGCAUCUGUGGAGCGCAGAUUCACUGAUCAACCAAUGGAAACAGGGAGAAGGAGGGGGCAGCAGCAAGCCAACAGCGAAUUACAGCACGUUUGUAAAAGAAAGUGCAAUACAGCAGCAGCUGCAAAGGAGAGGGAGAGGGCUUGGGAGGAAAUCGCUGCUCGCGUCAAUGCGUAACUUUAAAUCUAGUCUCGUGCAAUCACAAUGACAGACUGUUGCAGGGAAACUGCUUGAAUCAUUUUGAUCAUGUUUUACAUUGUGAAGUAAGUAUUAAGUGGCAGUUUGAUCCCUUAGAAAAUGCUCUUUUCACACUCAAAAAUGAAUUUUACUCUCUUAUGAUAUUCCGUUAAAUGAUUAGGAAUAUUAAACUAACUCAUCAGUAUGUAUAUGUACAUAUAUUAAACUAACACACACUACACUCAAUAUUAGACUUUCACUCAGCAAACAGAAAGAGGGCAGAUGCCAGAAAAACGGGUGGUGGCCCAGCACACCUCGUAGCAGCGAUCGUCGGACUGGUGUGCGUGUGUGUGUGUGUAUGUGUGUGUGUGUGUGUGUGUGUGUGUGUGUGUGUGUGUGUGUGUGUGUGUGUGUGUCUGUGGGGGGGGGGGGGGGGGGGGGAUUUGCGAUCGGACCGGCCGCGAUCGUCGAACGGGGGUGGGGGGCAGCUCCUCUGCCUCCGUUAAAGGUGGGGCUGCUGGACCACCACCCGUUUUUGUGUUAGUUUAAUAUUCCUAAUCAUUUAACGGAACAUUAUAAGAGAGUAAAAUUCAGUUUUGAGUGUGAAAAGAGCAUUUUUUAAGGGAUCAAACUGCCACUUAAUACUUAGUUGACAAUGUAAAACAUGAUCAAAAUGAGAAAAUGCCGAUGUCUCACCUGAAACUCUGGGUUUACUGAGUUAAACCUGCUCCCGAGCAGGUUAGGUUCACGGAGUCUGUUACUGUGGUAACUGACCGCGAGGUUGAGUUACCUCUCUUUGUGAAACAGGUUAGAGUUACCCCUCUCUCCCUGGUUUAACUAACCCUCCUUUGUGAAACGGAAAACUCAGAGUUUCCCUGAUUUCAGGGUUAACAAACUCGGAGUUUCCACUAAACCUGCUACGUGAAACGGACCCCUGAUCUAAAAUAGAGAGAUGUUUGUGUCCCCGGCUGUGUUUGUGUCAUUGAAGUGAAUAAAAUCUUUACUUUUUAGCUUUACUAAGCUUCUAUCUGUUAACAAAUAUUUGGCCUUCACAGAUCCUCUGUAUUCUCAAAGUGUAACAUUCAGUCAACAUGAUUGAUUUGAACUGCGGUAAAAGAAUUAAGCAAUGAUUAACAAGACUGAGUGCCUAAUAGUCAUUUGAGCACUGUGACAUUUAAAGAAGCAUUAGGCACUCUGCAGAUAUUUAGGCUGUGAAAUCACUAAACUGCACACACCCCCGUCGUCCUUUUAAAUCCCCGUCUCUCUCCCUCUCUCUCUCUCUCUCAGCCUCUCUCUAAAUGUCACUCAGGCCUCUGUCCUGUGUUCGUGUUGAACUCGUCCACUUCAGCUGCUUGGUUGAGCUAAUAGCUGCCCUGACAGCGCUCGUUCAAUACCCAGCACAAUUACUGCCCGGCCCACAUGCGGCAUCGCCAUCGCACUAUGCAAUCAGACCCCCCUCUCGCUCUCUCCAUCGCUCUCUCUUGUCCUGUCACUCUCCAGCUAUCAGGGGGGGCUUCGAUCUUCACCCCGCUCCAGAUUUAUCGUCCGCUGCCUGGCUGCACUGUCAUCCAUCUUUUAUCAUUUUCUUUUUCGCUCCCGCCCUCCCUCAUCCAUCUCCCGCACUCUGUCUUCUCCUUUUCAUCCCUGAAGUACGCAGUUCACCAUUUCACCCUCUCCUCUUUCCCCUCGACCACUCGGCUCAGAUGAAGGUGUCAGGUCAGUGCUAAUCAAUGAGUCAACUCCAGUCCACGUGUGUGUGUGUGUGUGUGUUUCCCUACGUUUGUGUGUAAGCACCUUAAUGGGACCAUGAGGCAAAUUAACAAUAUCAAGAUUUGCAUUUUGUGUCUUCUUUUCCGCUUUUCCUUGGGCUUUAAGUGCAAAUGAAAAGUAACAGGCACACAUCCCCCGCAGAGAUGUGUGUGAGUGUGUGUCCAGUCAGUCAAUAAUCUGAGUCGAUAUCAUAAUAACUCCUUCUCCCAGUGGACGCUCAGAGCCUUGCUCAGGACCAAGUUCAACUGUUUGUUCUUGGUGUCUUUCAUCAGCUGUCAGUUAGACUCCACAUCACGUGAUAAGAGGAAUCUCAGCCAGAUGGAGACAGCAUAACAAACUAAGUCUGUCAAACAUCUAUGUGGGAAUAUGAGUGAGUAUGUUCCUCCUGAAAUGAAUGACCUCAAACUGGUGUUUUGUCUCGUUCUUUGGUGCUGCUGCAGCUUUGGUACGGAUGACCCGCCCUCCUUAAUUACAUUGUUAAUGACUCGUCCUCGUUAAUGAUGUUUGUGUCUCCAGAGUAGAGACAUCAGCCAAAGGGGAAAGCUCAGAAUUUAAGAGGGUGAGAGAGAGAGGAGGGAAGGUUGAGCAGAGACAACGAGAGAGAAGAGAGGAGAAAGAGGCUUUUUCAAAUCAUAGAAGUUCAAUUGUUUUGCAUAAAAAGGUUGAAAAUACCUCUUAGAAUUCAAAAAAGUCAGAGAGCAGAGUUUUUAAAUCUGGAUUUUAUUUGAUUUUUUUUUACUCUUCCCCAUUUAAAAAUUGUUUUUAAUACCUUAUUGGCAUUUAAAAAAAAAACAAGCUGCACCCUAAACACUGGUGUCACUAAUACACCAAUGGAAAAUGCAGUGAAAAGUAUUUUAUUUUCAAGUGCUGUCAAGAACCUAACCAUCUGAUUCAUAUCUUAAUAUGGGAGUAGCAGGUCUUGGAGAUUUCUUGCAUUUUUUUCUCAAAAUAGUCCAUUAAAGGUGGGGUAGGCAGGACUCCAUUAAAGAAGCAUCUUUUUUGAAGUGUAUAUACAAAAAAGCUUUUAAUAUCAGUCAAUAGCUAUUAGUUAUUGAUGACAUUUGGGAAUAUAACGAUAUCAGGUUUUUUUUUAUGUCUGUGUAGUCAACAUUUUAGAUUUUUUGAGCGGCCCGCUCUUUCUAAAUGUAAACAAAGCUGUUCUCCACCUCCUCCAAACUGGUUGGUUGUGAGGCAGACGCUGCUCCCCUGUGUUGGAAAGCACGCUCCAUGUCCUCGAAUAAUGUUCAAAAGCCCAAACAAAGUUAGCAUGCUACAAUAUUGGACAGUAGAAACCAACCACAAAGUACAGAAAAUUGCCUGAAUCCUCCUUUUGCCAUUACUGCCAACACAAGCAAGAAAACGGAGUAAAUACUGAAGACUCUGGCGGAAGAACAGGCGCUUGAAAAGGAGGUAGACUGGACAAGAGCUAAAAAGCCAGGUCCCAAAAACUGGCACUUCCUCAGAUCCUGCCUCUCCCCCCUUUAACAACUUUUAAGGCGUGAAGAACAGUGUUGCAUGCAUUUUUAUGUCAUUAUCUCACUCUAUUGUAUGCCAAAGCAGAUUUCUCUGCCGAGCUGAGGACUCAAACUUCUGUGUGCACAACUUGGGCAAAGCACACAUAACUCGUAACACAUAGUGAGGAUGCCAGGUCUAGCAGUGCCACAUAAUAUCAGCGUUUCUCCUGAUAUAACGGCGGCAUAUUGUUUGGAAAAUAAAUCUUUACACCUUAUUUUGGAGCAACAAACAGCCAGUUUCAGGGUCUCUGGCUCUCACAGCCUCCAUCCAUCCCUCACAACAACAAAUGCUACCUCUAAAGAGCUCAGUGAAAACAAAUGGUACCAAAGAGUUUCAGACGUUCACAGAAACAGCAUAUUUAGAACUUUGUUGAAACAGUUAAACUUGUCCCCUCCGAGAGUUUCCACAAACUGACAGCACCAUACAUCGCUGCAACUGAACAUUUCAACCCAAAGCUAUAUGAGUUUGAAUAGAAAGAGGCUUUUAGUGUUUCAGUGAAAGUGCACAGUCCCAUUAUUGCUCCCUUAUCCCAAUAUUAAGUCCCCUUGAGAAGUCUCUUCUAGUCUCACAUAGCCAUUUAUGAGCACCAGAACCAAAACAGCACCACCACCUUCAACAGAUUCAGACUUCUUUUAGUGGGAUCCAGGUAAAGACAUUGCUGAUACUGUCCACCCCGAAAACAUGGCCUCCAAUUGCUUCUAUCUAAACAUGUAUGUGGAUAGAUGUGCAGGGAAUAUGUGGGGAAGAGUAUCAAGCAGGCACCUCUCUCUAGCAGCCUUUAAUAAGUCAGGCCCACAACACCUCAGGGAGGUUCACCAAGCAGAUACUACAUCCACCUCCACCCUCUGCUCCCCUUGAACUUCUCUGUGAUAUGUCAUCAUCAUGUGGACCGCACAGCUAUUGCUAAUGGCUACAUGACAUAUGAAAAGGUAACACCAUGAAAAAAACAUAAACACUAUCAUCCUCCUUUUGGUUUCUAACUCAUGUUAUUCCUCCUCAUAUAAAUCCGCUGGUCUCACUCUGAAAGCUGUAUCUGACUUCUUUGCCUAUAAAACAAAUGUUAAUCAUCUCCUGUUGCUCUAUGGUGAUUGAGCCAGUGGUCCUUUGAUAAAGCUGCUGCAUUUGCAGAAUUUCCAACUUGAUAUCCAUGACAAUAUGUCCUGACUUGCUUGUUGGACGCAUUCACUGUUAAAUAGUCUCUGCUGGCAUUUUAAGGAAAUUGUCACCAAGACUGAAAGAAGAAACUGAUGAGCUAUCAGCACUUUAAGUAGAACACAUAAAGUGCACAUAAAAUGCACUUUAUGUUUUACAUAAAUGAAGUUAGCUUACCUGUUUUCUUCCAUAAAUGUGUGUAUUUUAAAAUACUGUCUUUCAUAACUACAUUUAACAUCAAUCACAGCAGACAAAACAAAAAGACAUUAAAAAGAUGGGGUGGUUUCUGCAAUCAGGUGAAAAAGUCUGCAUUUAUCGCCGUCUGCAAUCAGUGGAAAGUAGGUGCAGCUUCAAGAAACAGAUAUUGAAACACAGAGAAAUGAUUAAACUUUCUAUUUUCUGUUCUGUAACAAGCAUAUUUUGUUGUAUACUCAACAAUAAUUCACAGGAAAAACUUUUAAAUGUCUCGAAGUUUACUUUUCUGGAGAAGAGAGGUGCAGAGUAAAGGCAGUGACAGAGACACUAAAGUGAAGAUGACAGCGGUAUGGGACAGUGGAAAAAAAAGAAGAAAGUGGAGCUGUGAAAGGAAAAGAUGAGCAGAAAGAUGAAACAAGAACUGCAUGUGGGGUUCAACAAAGAAACCUCUGAGGGAAGAAAAACUGGUGAAAUAGAAAGCCAGCCAUUCUUUUGAGGAAAACAGACAACUUAGAGAAAGAGAAAGUUUUCAAAUUCUUCAGCGCUCUUAUUUUUGGAGCAGUUCAAUCAAACCCUGGAGUGUUUAUCCUGAAAGUUUGAAUUUCAGCAGAAAACAUCAGUGGGACUCAGAUGAGUUUGAAACAAGCAAUGCUUAGCUGAAUUUUGGUAGAGGGGGCGAUUGAUUUCUAAUUCAGGCUGCGGGGGUUAAAAACAAGCUGAUUAGUUUGACCAAAGAUGGAGAAAGCUGGCUGUUGACUGAGGCUGAUUGGCUUGUCUCAGUCUCAGUCCAGUCUCAUUACGUCCCCUCCUUGUUUGUGUGCAGGGAACCAUGGCAACUGAAUCCAAGCAUGUAUAUCUAAGUUUAAGCUGGUUUAUGUUGCCUAUGUAGGCUGACAUUCAUUCAGGUCAGUGUGAUCCGAGGCUAACUGGGGAAAACUGGACUUGAUUGAAGUUGUUGAAGAUGAUUCGUUUGUAAGAUUUUGGUGAACAAGACAGAGUUUCUCGCCAAAAGACACUUUGGGAUUUGGACCUGUAAUUGAACCCCAACCCUCUGACUGAGAGAUGAGCGACUUUACCCCUGAGCCGCAGCCUCUUUUGAUCUGCUGCUGAUCUUCCCUGUACAUGGUUAGGUGGUGUUGACUCUUUUGGACAUUUUUGGGUUUUUUUUUUCAAAUAUUGCAGCUGAAGAGACAUUUGAAAUGUGGGGAGCGGAGAGUGGGGAUGACAUUUACCAAAGAAUCAAACCAGGGACCACUUCAAUGAGGAUAAUAGCUUCUAUACACGGUGUUCACGCUUAAACCGCGCUAUUAGGUCCUGUUUUUUUUACAAAAAAAUCAUGUCCUGCUCUUAAAACUUAUUGUUAAUAUUUGCUGCAAAUGUGUUUAAAAAAUCCGUUAAUCGUCUCAUCUGAUACCAGUCCCAUGUUGGCAGGUUCGAACAUAAAUAACAGCUACGAAAAAAAUAGUCUCUCUUGUGGUUAGCUCUUGUGGUUAACAUUAGCUUUGUACCCCCUCAUGAAGAGACAUCAGUAUGAAUUUCAUGCUGUUUCAUUACUAAUGAAAAAUGCUCCCGUUGUCUGUAAUAACAUUCUCUGUCUGAGAAGUUUAAUGAAUCCCCCACAGACGCGGUGUUUCCACUUUUUGACGGUUAAUCAUGUUAUUAAUGAACGCAUUAGAGCAGAUGUGAUUGCUUGUGAAAGACUCCAGAUGUACAGCGGGACUGUCGCUUUUGUUAACAGCUGUGAGAACAAUUUUGAUGGUUUACAAUGUUCACUUUUCCUGCACAACCUCUGAGUGCAGCCUGCAUCAGCCCGGGUUAUUCAUCACCUCCAAAUUCAUUCUUUCGGGUUCUGGAUUCAGUGCAUUUCCAGAGUUGCUGAAUGGUAAUGUCCUCAAUUAUGUGCCAUAGUGGAAAUGUUUGCAACAAAUGUUUCAGUUUCCCAUCAGAGCCUGCAGGGACCCAAGGGAGAGAGUUAGGAGCCUGACAUGACUCUGCAAGCAGAGCUCAAGGACAGCACAGGACAGAUGUCCCCAAAGUCAUUACUGCCUGAACCCCCAAACACUCUCCUCAUCCCUCUCUGUCUCUCUGAGCUCUGCUCCUACUCUCUGGUGGUUUUGUCAUCUUUGCCUUCUCUCCAGACUGCAUGAAGAGUAAAUGCCAUCUUUUGCAGUUUUUCUGUUUCUGUGUCCCUCAUGUCCUUCCCCCCCCUUAGCCCCCUGACCCUCACAGCAUGUCCCUUUGAUAACUGAUGGUCCUGCUGCGUUUCCAUGCUCAGUCAGCCCAAAUAUUACCAUUCAGACCUAAAAGUGGGGUAACUGCAGAGAGCAAGAUAAGAAUAAACCUCUGUGUCUUCAGUCACACUCCUGGCAAAUCUUUUUUUUAAUGGUAAUCUGGAUCAAUCCAAUGCAGAGGCAUGUGAUAGGGUCAGAUUGAAGCAAAUGAAACCAUCUGCACCAAGACUGACAAAUACUAUAUUGUAAUUUUUAAUGUCUGUAAUUACUGUGAAAGGGUUUUGGUCAGAGCAGAUGACUAAAAGUAAAAGGCCUCUCUUUAUUUUUUUUCCACAGCAAAUAACCAGUUUGUGAUAAAUCUGAACAUAUAAGAAAGCAUGAUUCUUUUUGAACUCGAAAACCCUGGGAUGACCCAAUCCUGAUCCCAGUGACUGAAUCAGAGCUGAUCUUAGCAUUUUUGUCUGAUCAAAGAUUCAGUUAGAUGAUACAGUGCUAACCAGAUGAAUGUAAAUGGAAUAAACUGAAGACAUCUUCAAGUGAGUUUGUUUUAAUAUGUUUUAGUUGUUAAAAAAGUGUGCAGCUCUGUCAUUUAGAUGGAUACAUGUUCGCAAUGAGGACUUGGUGGCAAAUCUGGCAAAUCUAUUGGCAAAUCAGUAUUAGACCAGUAUCAGGAGCCUAAAAAGAAAAUUUUACAUACAAUUGUACACAGUGUGAUUAGGGAUAAGUGGUCUCUCUUUGUCCACAGGGGGCGCCAAAAACAACACAAACAGGAAUUCCCUCUCAGGUGCUUUAAGCGCUUUCUUUUUUCUUUUUCUUUGCUCAACUAAACCCAUUAAGAUAGACUUAAAUGCCAUGCAGGAUUUGCAUACAUGUUGGUUUUAUUAUUUAUAUUUUUCUGUGCUUAGUAUUUGUCCAAAAUUAUCAUUUGGUAUCUUGACAUCUGAAGGCACCACUCUGUUGAUAACAAGGGUUUUACUUUGUUUUGUUUUAUAUCAAAAAUAAUAAUCAUCAUUUUUUGUUUUACAUUGUUUUGCAUAUUUAUGAACCUCCAUUUUAAGUUUGUAGGCUCUACUUCAUCAGUAUUCAUUGUGUCCUGUCUGGUCUGUUGUGUUGUCUUUUCAAAAUACCAAAGUUCACUGAGCUGCAUGUUUCUUCUGCUCUGUUGAACUGUGUUUGCUGAAGGCAAUUUCCCCCUCUAAUCUCAUCUUAAGUUUAGCGGAAAGUUACUGGCAAACACUUAGGACAGAACUUAAAAAAAAGAAUAGAUCUCAAUCUUUGAAGACCAGGAUCAAGGCCGAAAAUCAAGACUAUGAUUCAAAAUGUGUCUUUCUUCAGGUUUUAAUGCGACAUGUAGUUAAUAUCUGCGUUAUUUUAAUGAAACCCCCCUUAAUUUUUUUUAAUCUUCACAGCAAAUUUCCCCAAAAAGCAAUCACAACAAAAACAAAAAUACACAGUCUGAUUGAAAACAACCCAACAACCAUCAAGCUGUUAAAUUACAAGCGGUGCGUUCCUGUGAUGAGCAGAAUUAGUUUAUCUGUAUGGUGGUAAUUUUGUCAUUUAUCAGCAACGACUGCACUGGAGGUACAAAUUCACGCUGACUUCAUGCGUCCAUGUUAUUUUUCAACAGUUAUUUCUGAUGCAUGUCAGUAACAAAGACACACGUGGCUACGAGGGUGACAUUUGUUCAGUGUUUGGCGUUUGUUGUUUUUUGCAGCUUUUGAUUCAUUCCAGUUUGAUGAUACACAGAGGGAAUAUUAAAGAAGCUAUUUCAAUCAACAGAAACAAGUAUAGAGGUUAUUAGUUUUUGUUGAUACUGAUACGUGACCCCCUAAAUGAAUCAAGUCUUUAAUGAUAGUGCUAUUGAGUCUUUUGUGUUGUUUUUAUUUUCUUCAGUACAACUGUGUUGAGACUCUAUAACAGAGUUAAUCUCUUCUCAGGUAUGAGGGUGCAGCUGAGAGUGCAGAUAUAACAAGAGACUGAAUAUAAAACAGCUUCAAAGAUUGAUGCUAGGAAUUAUGAUUGAGUUGGAAAAUGUGUACAUAAACUUAUUUUGAGGUCAACUCAAAACGGGUGGUGAUAAAUAGAGGAAGGAGUGGGCAUGAAAGUAGAGUAAAAUCGAAAAGGACAGAAAAGCAUGAAAAAAGAAUAAUACUAGAAAAACUGGUGAAUAAUAAAGACCAGAAGGAGGGAGGAGGAGUAGAAGAAGAAACAGUGAUUCACGAUGAAGAGUAACCUGUCUGCUCCCUGUCUCAUGCUUCCUGCAAAGUUUCAGAGAACUCCUCCAGGGUUUCGUGUUGGCAUCAGGCCGCCGGCGAGGCAGACGACUCAUGUCUUCUUCAAGGUUCUUUCUUCUCCGCUUCUGUUUCUCCGACAGGCAGUCUUUGUGCAUCUUUCUCUUCCCCUCACUUUCUCUGACGCUGUGAUCAAUGGGUAGUUUACUUCACCCUGUUCAUUGAUUUUUUUUUACCGCCUUCCUGCUGUUUCUCAUACUGCAGGAACUGAAUCAAGAACAGAACAUUAUGAAAAAUCUGUUAAGUGUUGGCAGGUAAUGCCGGGGGGGAACGACAGCUGUUGUUUUACUUUUAAUUUGUUUCUUUCUUUUUUUUUUCUUUCUUUCUUUCUUUGGUUUUUUUUUUCCUUUUUUUGUGAGGAAUGUAACAAUAACGGAUCAUUUCUCUGCUGUUGUAAAAGAAAGGACAAAAGAAAAAAAAAUUCAAUGGGUUUGAAAGCACGUCAUUGUACUUUAUCCUUGGAGUUAGGAGAAAAUCGCUAUUAUGUCUGGGCAUGAAUUUGAAUCAAGCAGACCGAUUGAUUGGAGGACGAGCAUAAAGGCUGGAGACAGGUGGCCGAGACUGUAAAAAGAUGGGCAACAUGACAGCCUCCUAGAUCUUGUAGAUGACUAUUAACCCUCAAGAAGAUCAAGGUCUCUAUUUGCAGGCCUGCUUAUUAGGUCUCCAUAAAUGGUCGGGGUAGUAGAGCUUUCAGUUAUCAGGCCCCUCUCCUCUGAAAUCAGUCAAAGUAUGGAAAGCAGACACUCUCUGUACCUUUACCUAAAACUUUCCUCUUUGAUAAAGCUUAUAGUUAGACCUGGUGCAGGCCAGGGCCAGCUCUUAGUUAUGCCUUUAUGAGUUUAGACUGCUGGGGGUACUGGCACAUUGAGCACCUUGCCCUCCUUCUCCAUCCUCCUUAUGUUUGUGUCAUGAACUUUGAAUCAUCAUGUCACACUAGAGUCACUUAUACACAGUGUUUUCUGGGAGUCCCUGAGCUCCAUCAUGCUGUAGGUUACUCUGGAACGCUGCUUCCGGCCUCCUGCAGCUGUGGACCUGCCUGUUUUCUAGCUGUGUAAACUAUAUGCAUCAAACUAACCUCUGUCCAUCUCUCUCUUUCUCCAUCGCCCUUUAUGAGUCUCUCCUCUGUCCAUCUGUCUUUGUCCAAGUAAAAGAGGUAGUCAAAAGUGCGUGGUGCAAAGUAAGAAAUGGUGUUUUUGAUUUUGCUAGUUAAGCGGCGCACCAUCUGGCUCCAAGGCGGAGGUACAGAACGCAAAGGGGUUGGAUAAAGUCUCUUGAUUCCUUAGAAGUGUUUUUAGGUUUGGCAUGGAUAAAAUCUGUGUUUCUGCUUUGAGUCAGGUGCGCCUGCAGGUAAGCGUGUUACUAUUUGCAUGGCAGAUUUUAGCCUCUCUACUUGAACAGACUGGGCUUAAGCAGACAUAUGUAAUUUUGGUUUUACCACUGUAUUCCUUAAAAUGCAGGUAACACACAAUGACAGUAUGCGUCACUGUAAAAGUCACAUUAAUGCAUGGAUUCAUGUUAUAUCGACUGAUACAAUCCUUCUGCAGAGAGGAAACAACCAGGGACUUUUCCGACUGGUGAGACACAGCAGCAUAACUUCAUUAAUAAUCAUUGAAAUAUUAAGACGGACCAACAGUGUUGUACAAGAUUUAAUGAAGACUAAUGCACUGUGUACCUAACAUCAAAUAGGUAGGCCAGUAAUCUUUUUUGUUGGAUCACUACUGUGUGGAUAAUGAAUAUCACGGAGUCUUCAUUGAUAUCUUUGGGUGCAGCACUGUGUUGUGUUUGAGAUUUGUAAAAAAGAAAAACCUCUAAACUGUGUGAGAGUGUGUAUCUGUUUCUGUGUGUGUGUCAGAGGGAGAGUGUGCAUGUUGAAGAGCUUGGUAACAGUCUCGUUCUGGGGUUUUUGGCCUGUGCAGUGCUGGAGGGAGGGGUUAGCAGUUACUGUGUCUUUAUUUUGUUGGACAUGCCACCUGUGCACACAGUCAUGUCUCAUCAUCAGGACCAACAUGCCCAUGGAUGAUAAUGCAGUUCACCUGCUAUUUACACAACAUGGGGACUCGGCAUUAAAAAGACCAGUAUGUUAGGAGGAAAAUAACAAUAGAGGCUGUGCUUGCACAAUAGUGAUUGGGGGUGUUUUGGCUCCACUUUUGUAUAGUAAGUGAAGGCAGGGGUAGCAAUGAUAAUUAUACACAGGCAAUCAGGGAAACUGUUCGCUUCCCACUGACCAAUAGACAAUUAUUAGGUGUCUAGUUUUUUUUAGACCUAAUUUCAACUGUCUAGAUUCUGUAUAUUUUUAGACGAAAUUUGGACAUUGCACUUUAACCCAUUAUUCGAUAACUAUUUAUUUCAAAAAGCAACUGUGAGUUGCAUAACUGAUCUCCAAGAACUCAACCAAAAUAAUUAUGAUAGCUGUUGAGCCAUAUACAGUGUAGUAUAGAUAUAGCCCAGAUUCAACUAACAGCCUCUGAAAAACACAAUGUGUUUUUAACCUGCAGAAAAGCAGGUUUGAGGUUUAGAGGCGCUCUGUAAUUUCAUCAGACUGGCUGUUUUCUGUUUCUGGACUUUGCUAUCUGAAAGCGAUCAAAUUGUGCCUUUCUCUCUCUGUCUCUCUCUCUUUUUUUUGUGUCUCUCCUGCUUCAGUGUGAAGAUGGUGCUGCUGUGGACAGCUGGCGAUGUCUUCAAGACCACCUACUUCGUGAUGAAUGAAAGCCCGACUCAGUUUGUCAUCUGUGGUUCAGUUCAGAUCCUAAUCGAUGUGGCCAUCCUUUUGCAGGUCGUGUUUUACAACCAGGACACCCGGGCCAAGCUGGGUUAAACAUGAUUCAUUUUAAAACCAGGACUCUCUUCUGCAGUCUAAUCAUUGGGGCUUUUAAAGAAAUAGCUGAAGAGGCGGAAUAAUGAUGGGACACAUUUAAGUCUCAAGAAUAUGAAGAAAGCCAAAGUCAGUUCAUUUUUUUUUCCACAUUUAACCUUGGUAUCCUGCAUUAUGGAUUCAUGCAAAAGCCAAACGCCGUGCCUUUCAAGUGCAAACAGCAAAUGAUUUUCACCUUGAACAGACAAGCUACAGCAGCAUUUUUAGUCUAGCACUCAUCACAAAACCUUGUUCCUUUUGAAUUUUUAAAGAAACAAGGAAGAAAUUUUGGUGCUUUUUAUUUUUUUUAUUCUAUUUAUUUGUUGAUGACUCGGAUGUUGGACUCUUGUGUUCUUGGAAACAUUGCUCAGCCUGGCAGCUCACUCACAGCAGACCUGUACCGGCAGCUGUUACACCGGUCCUGCACCGGCAGCCCUGCAAUGGAAUCUCCUGCCUGAUUGAUGAGCCUCCCACUUCUCACUCCACACCUCACUGGACUGGUCUCACGAUGCAGGAUGUGUGUGUAAGUGUGUGUUUGUGUUUGCCUGUGUGUGCAGAGCUUGCUUGUGGUUUUCUGCAGCCCAAAUUGAUUUUUGCCGUUGGCAUCCAGUGCAGAGUGAAGGCUACAGAACAUACAUCAUGUUAGUGUAACUAUACCGAACAUCAAUCAGCUAUGGCUCUGCUUUUGGGUGUAAUUGAUGAGUAAUGUGGGUUUUUUCAAACUUUCUAAUGAAAAAUGUUGUGAUGCUGCUGUGCAUAUCUCAGUCGCAAACUUUUUACAGAGCACAUCAGACUGAAAGUUAGUUUUACGGAUUUUCGAGCCGUUGACUUGCCUUUUGAAUGAGCCACCAU